CAGUAUCAGUAUCGAACCGGCUUUCUACGACAGCGGAUUGGAAUCGCGGAGCGACAAAGUCGCCGGGCGUGUAGUGAUGUGAUAUAGCCGCCUGCCCACCAGGCUAAGCACAAAAAAAGUGAAAAGUGAAUAAAAAACCCAAAAAUCCUAAUUCCCAAGUGAGAAUUACGAGCGAAAUACGAAUUUUUCUUACCCAACCGCAUGAGAUAAUCUCAGGUUGGCAUUGUGUCUAAACCUCUAAUAAAAAAAAAAAAAAAAAAAAAAAGCUUUAAGUGUUAAACAUAAUAAAAAGAAGAAGCUUGUGUAUUUGCUUUUAAGCAAAUUAAAGUUGAGUUACGUGUGCCGAAAAAAAUAAAAUUGACUGAAGGCCAUUCAAGGGUUGUUCAAAGGAAAAUUCGGCACUCACGGUGUGUGUGUGUGCGUUGCGUGAGAAAAAUCAAUUCUGCAUUGGUGGAAAACCGGAGGAGGAGAAAAGUGGAAGAGGAAAAGGAAAAGGACAAAGCUAAAGGCUGGUUUUUGGUGGCUUGCGAAAAACUCGUAACCGAUGACAAUUUGGCUUGACGAGGGUCUAUUAGCGAAAUCAAUGCCAUUAUGGCUGAUAACGGAGGGCCAGGAUCCAAGCACAAGGAUCCCAGAACCAUAGAUGCCGGCGAAGGAGGAGGCGAUGACGUGCCUCCAGUGCCAGCUGUUCGCCGGCGUCGCGCGCAUGAGCAGAAAUCCUCGAGAGAACAUGUGGAGGAAAAGCAGAAGAAGGAGGUGCAGGGUCAGGAGGGCCAACAGCUGGAGACAUCGACGGUGACAAGGACCUAUAUGAAGACCAUCACCACCUCACUGACCACCUCGAGUAGCUCCAAUGUGGAGGAGUUUGUCCUGGAGGAGCCAUCACUUGCAGCAGUAGCUCCAUCGCCGAAUCAGCAGAGAUUGCGUCAAAAGGUGGCACAGUAUGAAAAGGUCUGGUCGUCGGAUGGCUCCCAUAGCGUGAAGAGACCCGCUGACCAGAGCGCCGAUGAGCUGCGUCUGGCCGACGACGUGCAGGAUGACCAGUACGAUGCCGAGAAUCCCUUCGACAUCGAUGUCCAUGAGAUUGAGCGGCGGCUGCGCCAGGAGCGGCAACGUGGCCUGGCCGAGGCGGAGGCAGCCAAGCUGGCCUUCCAGCAGGUCCAACUGCGGCACACAACUCCUCCGCGUCGCGUGGAGGUGACCAGUGACCAGGUGGCCAGUCCCUUCAAUGUCACCCUUCGCACCACCAGUCGCAUGAGUCCUGGUGCCGAGCAGGGCAACGUGGAGGAGCAUCUCGCCCCCUUCAAUGUGACUUUAAGGACCACUCGAAGGAGCAAGAAAAAAGAGAUUAAAGAACUCGAAAGCUUCCUCGAAGGAGAACGUACUGUGCGGGAGGUGCCAUCGGCGGAUGGCGUGAGGACCAUCAUCACCUCCUCGAUGACCAGCGAUGGUGGCUAUGCCGAGGAGAAAAUCUAUCGCCAUGGCGAGGGUUAUGUAUCCCCGAGAGAUUCACCCUCCUGGUCGCGUUCCAGCUACUCCAGCGAGCGAUCCAAUGUGACGCCACCGAGGAGCGUGGAUCUAACCGCCGGCGGACGAAGGAUUCUGAUCAAACUGGAGCAGGAAAGUGAACUAAUCGAGGCGGACAGCCAGCAGAGGGACGAGACCGACUCGUCGUUUGGUCGGCAGGAAGUGGCCAUGGCAACCGGCAACAUUGACAUUACCGUCGGCGGUAGCAACCCCCGCCGGCGUUUGUACCAGCAAACAACUGUCCAAAUGGGUGGCGGCAACACCACCACCCCCGCCGACGAACUAACACCCCAAAGGCCCAGGCCCAGGGACUUGGCUUUGGGCACCAGCACCAGCACCACCAAGACAAUGCUUACAUCCACGCCAAUUGGCACGAAGGAGCAACCGCAAACGGGUCCGAACACUCCAGUUAGUCCAGCUGCAACGUGCCAAUUGCGUGGUUCUUCGACGGAAGAGCCCCGGAAAAUUGUAAGCCACAAAACGAUAACCAGCACAACGACCACAAAGUCCACUUCAUCAUCCUCCUCGUCCACGUCCACGUCCACGUCGCGCAAACUAAUCGAAUUGUCGUCGUCGCCGCCGGUAGUCGGAAAUAUCUCGCAAAUACGUACGGAAAACAACGAUAUCGACAUCGAUAACGAUUCGGACACGGAGGGCAGACCGGCCAGUAGCAUAGUGAUUGUGUCCACCCCCACGCGACCCACCACACCGGCAUCCGCAUCCGCAUCCGCAUCCGUAUCUGUAUCCGCAUCCGUAACCCCAUCCGCAUCCGUAUCCGCGUCAGCUGCCCACGCCCUCAGCGGCAUCGGCACUUUCAGCAAGAGUCUGCGCCAGGAUUAUCAGACUCUAGCAACGCAAAGUGGCCGCAGCAACGAAUCACCCAGUGAACAGGAAUACCAGGAGUUCCAGUCCACCAUGGCGUCCAUUAAUUAUGCGCGCAGCAAUUCCCAGUACGACAGCCAUAUCAAGGAGAAACGAGAGGAGCAAGAACGUGUGCAGAAGAAGACAUUCACUAAUUGGAUUAAUUCAUACCUAUUGAAGCGUGUUCCACCGCUUCGUAUCGAUGAUUUAAUCAAUGACUUACGCGAUGGUACCAAACUAAUUGCAUUGCUCGAAGUUCUGUCCGGCGAACGCCUGCCCGUGGAGAAGGGCCGCGUUUUAAGACGUCCACAUUUCCUCAGCAAUGCCAAUACGGCCCUGCAAUUUUUGGCCAGCAAACGGAUCAAGUUGGUUAAUAUUAAUCCCGCAGAUCUGGUGGACGGGAGACCACCAGUUGUGUUGGGUUUGAUAUGGACGAUCAUCUUGUACUUCCAGCUUCGUAAAAAGAGGCGGAAAAACUUAGUAGUAGUUAUAAAUUAUGCGCCACAGAUCGAGGAGAACAGCCGCAACCUAGAGUAUUUGGGUCAUGGUAUUGGCGGUUCGGUUAGUUCCCUCGACAGUGUUGGCAACCAAAAGCACGGCGAUCUUAAGGCUGAGAAAUGGAAGCAGGGUGCUAGGAAGACCCUGCUCAACUGGGUGACCAACGCCUUGCCAAAAGAAAGUGGUGUGGAGGUGAAGGAUUUCGGCGCCAGCUGGAGAGAUGGCGUGGCUUUCCUUGCCCUUAUCGAUGCCAUCAAGGCGAAUCUGGUGAACUUGGCUGACCUGAAGAAGGCCAGCAACCGACAGCGCUUGGAGACUGCUUUCGAUGUGGCCGAAAGCAAACUGGGCAUUGCCAAACUCCUGGACGCUGAGGAUGUGGAUGUACCCAAGCCAGAUGAAAAGAGUAUCAUGACAUAUGUGGCACAAUUUUUGCACAAGUAUCCUGAACCAAAGGGUGCUUCACGCGAUCUUUCGCAUGCGCAGCAGGAAGCGGACGAACUUCGUCGCUUUUUGAUAGAGAAGACCACCGAGUACGAGCCUAUGGUCAUGAUGAGCUCGUUCCCACGCGAUUUCGGUGAAUAUUUACUGGCACGUUCUGAAGUCGAUGCCCAUUUGGCGGCAUAUAACCGCUUGAAACAGCUCAUCGAGAGCCAGAGCGGAUUCCUGCAGGUCUCCCGCCAAUCUUGGGAGGAGAUCAACGAGCUGUGGCAGCGCCUCCAGUACCAGAUGAUGUACUGGCUCUGGCUGCUGGACUCCGAGCUGCCCGGCGACUUUGGCACCGUUGGCAAAUGGUUAGCCGAAGCAGAGAAAUUACUAAUGGACAAUGAUAUACCCAACGCAAUGAACGAGGAAACGGCCGCAGUGAUUAGCAGGAAGUUGGAGGAGCAUAAGCUCUUCUUUGCCGAUCUGCCUCGCAUUGUGGCCAUGUUCGAGAAUGCCAAGCGGUCACCGCUUGCCCAGCAGAUUCCGCUGGAGCAGUUGCGUAACAUGGAACGACGCCUUCAAGAGGUCGGACCCAAGGCAGCAGAGCGCAGGAUUCGUUUGAAGUUCCUGGAGCACAAGUGCUGCCUGAUUGCCUUCUUGAAUCUGGUGGAGAACAAGAUGCGCGGCUGGACUGGAAAGUACGGGCACGAGGAGAAGGUGGCCCAACAGCUGGAGCAGUACAAGAACUUUGUGUCGCGCAACAAGAUCUUCCAGGAGUUCCAGAAGGCCUUUGUCGAUAUGCAACAAGUGGUGGAUGAGUACAAGCGUGAAGGCAAUGUUCCACGCAAGGAGAUCAACGAUAUUGAUCGCUUUAUGUAUGAAACCGAGGAGCGCUGGAAACGUGUUUCCAUGGAACUGAAGUGCUGCCAGAACUCACUGGAGGAGGUGGUCAACUGCUGGCGUAGCUGGAACCAAUUGGCCCCCACUUGCGAGGAGUGGCUGCUGUUGGCCGAGCAGAAGGUGAACCAGAGCGAGGAUGAGCGUCUGGACUUCUUCCAGGAUAUACCCGUGUGGAAGGACAAGUUUGAUGCCCUGGCCAAUUCUGCCAACUACUUGAUUGCCUCCUGUGAGGAGCCCAUUGCUCAGCAGCUGCGCCAGCGACAUGGAGCUUUGUCCGAGCGAUUUGAGCGUUUGUUUGCCAACACCAAGCAGUAUAUGCAUGCUGGAGACAUCAUCCGUUCGCGGCAGGAAUACAAGUCGGGCAUUGAACAGCUUUCCCGUUGGCUGCGAGGAGCCGAAAGCGUUCUCGAUCAGCGUCAAGUUCUUGGCAACAGUGAACAAAUCAAGCAAUAUGGCCAGCAGUUGCAGCAAUUGGCCAGCGAAAUCGAUGAUAAUGAAGAGCUGUUCAAGACCAUCAGCAGGAAUUUCCAAUCACUGAUACAAGAUCUUUCCCGCGACGAGGUGGACAAAAUGAUGAAGCUGCUGAAGCAGGAGAAGGAAUCUCUGGUGCGCAUACGCGCCCAGUUGCCUGCCAAGCUGCAUCUCUUCCACCAACUGCAGAUUCAACAGGAAUCCCUGGAGGCCGGACAAAAGGAGAUUCAUCAGUGGUUGAGCGAGGCCGAACAGCUUUUGGGAACGCAUAAUCUCUCUGGAGGCCGCGAUGCCAUCAAUGAGCAACUGCAGAAACACAAGACCUACUUCUCACGCACAGUCUACUAUCGUUCCAUGCUGGAGAGCAAGAACAAGGUAUUCCAGAACCUGCUGAAGGCGGUGUCCUCCGAUGAUAAGAUCGACACUGCGCCCGCUUCGCAGCAAAUGCAACAGCUGAACGAACGCUUCAACUAUGUGAUUCAGAAUGCCCAGCAAUGGGAGCAACGCUUGGAUUCGGCUGCUGGUGGAUGGAGCAACUUCAAGGACAACGAACGUGUGGUCAGCGAGUGGCUCACCCAGGCGGAAUCCAUGCUGGUGGAGAAGCACAUCGAAUCGAAGACCACAAUCGAGACGCAGAAAUACUUCUUCGAGCAGGUCAACGAUCGCUGGAUGAACGAUCUGGUGCAGUCGGCUCAACAACUUCUGACCACUUUGCCCGCCCAGGAGCAACCAGCUGUGGUUCACAGCGUGGAGCAGUUGCAAUCCCGCUGGAAGAAUGUGCUGUCUCAGGCUCCUUUGCAUCUACUCAAAUUGGAAUUCAGACUGGACGAAAAUGCCUUCUAUCAAUCCCUGAAGGAUGUGGAGAAGGAAUUGCAGCUGGAGCAGCAGGCCUUAAAUCGGAAUGAGGAUGUGGACUCCAUUUUGCAGCGCAACCAACAGUUCCUCCUGCAACAAGAUGCAGUGCCUCGCCUGGAGCGUUGCCUUCAGAACAUGCAACGAUUGGCUAAUGCCCACAGGCAACAACAACCCGGUGACAUUAGUCUGGAUCAGGCCUACGACAAUGCCAAGUCCCAGUGGCAACUGUUGUCCAACAAACUGGGCGACAUGCGUCAGACCCUCCAGCAAAUCCCAGCCCAAUGGCAGGGUUAUCAUCUGAAAUUCAACGACAUGGUCGGUUGGAUGAACGGUGUGGAUCAGAGCCUAAAGAACAUCGUGAAUGAAGUUAACACCAUGGAGGAAUUCGAGAAGGAGAAGGUUGUCUUCCAGCUGAGGGAGCUAGUGAAAAUCUGCCAAGAUGCCGACAACAAACGGGAGGAUAUGAAAUGGCUGGUCAAGACCUUGGACUCUCUGCUUAGUUACGCAACCGAAGAUGAGGGUAAUCUCGAGCAGAAGAAGCUGGAGGACCUGAUUGCUCGCUACAAGAACCUUAUACCCACGAUUGAGAUCACCAUGGUCAAGACGGAAGUUUUCUCCAAGUGCUACACUUACCGCAGAGAAGUUCACGAGGUUGUCUGUCUGCUGAGCAAGGUCAAGGAUCAGACGGCCAAUAUACCAGCUCCCGACAGCCUGGAACGUGUGAAUCGCCUGAUUGAGGAGCAGCAAUAUGCCAUCAAUCAGCUGGAUCACCAGCGUCCACACAUCAUGUCUAUGCUGCAAAGAGGACGUGAUCUGAUCAAGGAUGUGCACGCCCCAGCCUUUGUGAAUACUGAUGUGAAGAAUCUGGAGACGGGUUGGAAUCAGGCGUACACUGAAACCUCUGACAAACUGCAGGCCCUCAAGGGAACCCAGGCUGUUUGGAGUGAUUUCGUGGACCAGAAGAACGACAUCUUCUCCAUGUUGCAAACUGCGGAGACGGAGCUUCGCUCGUUGACCCCAUUGCAAACCGAUCCCAAGAACGUCAGUCAGGAUCUGAAGUCCAAGCGAGAUCUCAAUGUGCAACUGCAGCAGGCUUCCCAUCAGCUUCUGCCCAAGUUGCAUGCUCUGAAAUCAGAAUUGGCUCCACUGGCUGCUGCCGACAAGCGUCCCAUUCUGGAGAAGGAAGUGACCGAGGUGGAGAAGAUGUUCUUCAACACCAUGGAGCAUGUGAAGGAUCGCGUCGGCUAUCUGGAGGACUACAGUGCCAAGUGGAAUAACUACAAGACACGCCUGGCCGAACUGCAGGAAUGGGCCAAUAAGGUUGCGCCCAAGAAUAUCGAAGCCCUUCAGUCCGAGGAUCUCACACCGGAGGAGCGUGUGGUCAAGGUGCAGGCCUUCAAGCGCAUCCUUGGGGAUCGCAUGAAGCAACUGGAUCUCUUGGCCGCCGAUGCCUCCGAGUUGGCACCCAAGGAGGGCAACAUUGCCGAGGCCAAGCGACUUAAGGGCGAGAUCACCAAGCUGCAGGAGGUCCUCAGUGCCAUCAAUCGGAAUGUGGACCAUCAGGCACAGGCUGUGCAGGAGGAUCUUGUCAACUGGCAGCAAUUCCAGGCCGGUCUGCAGCAAAUCAAGCCCGCUGUGGAGCAAAGCGAAGUCAAGGUAAAUAAUGUAGUUUCUAAGCCCAUCUCCCUCGAAGAAGCCGUUGCCAUGCAACAGAAUGCCCAACAAUUCGAGACACAGUGUCAGGAGCAAUUGGACAAGCUCCAUGGCAUAUCAAACAUCAGUCAUAAAAUGUUGUGUAAGACCAAUGCCCCCGACGAGCUGGAUGCCAUGCAUUCGCGUUGGACGGCUGUCCAUGAGAACGCGAAGCAGGCUAGCGCCAAGCUCGAAAAAUUGGUGGGCAAUUGGAAGUCCUUCGACGCCGAUGCGGCCAAGCUGGAGGAUUGGGUUUCGCAGGGCGAGCAGCUGAUGUCCAGGCGACCAGCUGUCCUCAAUACACCGCACAUUGACAAACUCGAAAAGGAGCUGGUCAAACUGAAGUCCUUCAACAACGAGAUCUCGCAGCAGCAGGCUAAGCUCGUGACUCUGGGUCAGAAUGCCGAUCAAAUUAGUUUGCAUUUGGCGCCCGAAGGCGCAGCUGCCUUGAAGGAUCGCGUGAACCAGAUGAAGGGCAAGUUGCAGAAGCUUUCGGAAGCCACUCGCGGUCACAUCAACGAAGUCUCCGAUGCCAUCAUUUCCCGGCAGGACUUUAACGCCAAACUGGUGAACUUCUCAAACUGGAUGGAACAGCUUCGUAACCAGAUUACGCAAGUGGAAGAAAUCAAUCCGGAACGUGUGGAAACCAGUCUGCAUGUUAUCCAUGCCCUACUGCAGGAACAUGCCGAUAAGAAGCCAAGUUUUAAUGCCAUCUACGAUGAGGUUAAGCAAUUGGCCCUGGGAGCCACUCCCGAAGAAUCGAAUGCCCUGAACGAUGCCUACACUGCUUUAGUGGUUAACUAUCAAAACCUGGAGACCAACAUGCUGCAAAAGAAGGCGGCUCUGGAGAAGUGGACUGAACUGCUGGGCUGGAAGAACGACACUGAGUCCCAUUUGAACUAUUUGAAGCACCAGCUAGACAAACCCGAAGGACCCGCCGCCGAGGAACUGAGCAAGGUCAUCGAUGAGAUCGAUAAUUUGGGUCAGGGCAUUGGCUACUGGAAGGGUCAGGCCAAGGAGAUCGACGAAAAUCCAGCCAUUCAGCUGAGAGAUGCCUUGUCCCGUCGUCCACUGAUCGCCACUCAAAUUGUGAAUGAUGUUGAGAAUAAGUUGGAGAACCUAAAGCUACGCUCCCAAAAUCAACAGCAGCAAAUUCAACAGAUGACCGUACGGAAGGAUAAGUUCCAUGCGCUGGAACACAACUUUGGCCAGGCGCUGCAGGAGAAUCGCGCCAAGCUGGACGAGAUUCUCAGACAGCAUCCGACUCUGAACAACAUCGAUCAGAUCAUUGCCGAUUUGGUGGCUCUCAACGAUGCCUUGAAGUACCAGGCCGAUCUGAAGAAUCGCAUUCAUGACGAAGGUUCUUUGCUGAUGCGGGAGGAUAUUGCCAGCAUGCCUGCCAUUCAGGAGAGCCUUCUUGUGAUGGAUAAGAACUACGAUUCCCUUCAGAACGAGAUUGCCGAUCGCAUACAGAAGUACAACUUGAUAAGCCAGGCAUUGAGGGAGUAUGCCGAUUCCAAGGACAAGUUCUCCAAGGAGCUAAAGAAGGCAGAAGAUUUGUUCAAUGCUAUACCACAACAGCCACGCGAUGAAACUGAGCUCCAGCAAGCUUCCGAGAAGACCAGAAAGACCAUGGAACAGUUGCGCAAAUCUAAGCUUAGCUUGGAUGAACUCGAGCGACGGGGCAACAAUGUGGCUAAACUAUUCAGUGCCAUUGGAGAGCCAAUUCCACAGGAAGUGCCACAGGAGGUAACAGCUGCCAAGCAAACCUGGCAGGAUCUGCACGACAAGACGGCCAAGAACGCCCAUGUCUACGAGACUGAGGCUGUUAUUUGGUCACAGAUCGAAGAUGCCAAGAAGGACUUGCUACCCUGGUUGUCCGAAACGAAUCAGGGACUUUGUGAUGCGGCAGAUAACUCAAUUGAAAUUGAGUUUGGACCCAUGCGUCUGAGCAAAUAUCGCACCGAGUUGCCAUCCUACGAGGCUCUAAAGGAUUCAAUUGUGGAGAAAACAAAUGAUUUGGUCAAGAUAAACAAAGGCGCUGAAAUUCCCGCCCUAUCUGCACUCAAUAAACUUCUGACUGAGCAGUUCGCCGAAGUGAGCAGCAAUGCUGAUCGUUUGAGUGCUGUUACCACUUCGUUUAAUGAUCAGGAACAAGAGUUACGCAAACGUUCGAAGGAAGCUGGCGAGCGGGUGAGCAAACUCCGUGAGCAGCUCAUCAAGUGCGACGACAUGUCCGGUGAUAAUAACAAGAUCAUGGAACGUCUGCUGCAAUGCCGUGCCCUGCGCGGUGAACUCGACAAUAGCGGAAACGAAAUCGACAACAUCAAACAAAAGGUCGACGAGCUGCGUAAUCUGUAUCCCACUUUCAGUGAGUCUAUUAUACCGAAGGAACUGAAUAACGUGCAGAAGCGCUAUGAGAAUGUUGAUCUCUAUGCCAAGAAGAUCGAGAGUUCUCUGCUGCAGUUCCUUAAGAAAUUCCAUGCCGACAAGGUGGGCAUGCUGAAGCGCAUCAUCGCGACUCAACGCGAAAAGGUGGCUUGGUGUCAGCCUGAGUCGUCCAGUGACAAAUACAACCUGGACGUGAAGAAGUCUUCGCUACAGGAGGUCAGCAAGAGCAUCGAUGAUUGCAAGGCGCGACAUGCCGAAACGCUGAAGUCACUGGAAAUGCUAAAGGCGGUCGAAUCACCUCAAAACCUGGCUGAACUUACCAACGAUGCCGAGUUACUGCGCAAGGACAUGCAGGCUCUGCAGGAUAGCUUUGACAAAAUCAAGGGAAUCCUCGACGAGAACGUGGAUUUGUGGUCUCAGUAUGAGCAGGCGAACGAGCAGAUUUCCAAUUGGUUGCGUGACGUUGAAGGAAGGGUAAAGGCAGAGACCAGCAGUCAAGUUAAUCUACCCGAAGUGCCACAAAAGCUUCAGGAAUUGUCCAUUCUCCAACAGGAUGUCUUGGCCCAUGAGCCCAUAAUCAACAAUCUUGAGCAGACUUCCCAGCAACUAAUUGAAAAGAACCCAGAGGCAAGAAUUGGACAGUUUGUCACCCACUUGGUGCAGCGUUAUCAGGCUGUGUCUAAGGCUUUGACUGGUUAUAUUGACAAGAUCCGUAGUGCCCAGUUGUCUAAUGCCAACUUUGCCAAGGCAGCCAAGGAUUUCAAUGAGUGGUUCGGUGAUGCUAAGAUCGAAUUCCAGGAAUUGGCUCGCAUGGGAUCGCCUGGAUCUUCUUCUGCCACAGCUCAACAAUUGCAGACGGUCAAAAACUACAUCAAGACCUUUGACAAUGGACAAGUUUUGUUGAACAACGCUGUGGACAUUGGUGAGGCCCUGUAUCCUGUGGUCUCGCCCGAUAAUCGCGAACGCAUCCGCUCAGAUCUUCGUCAAAUGCGUGAGAAGUUCGAUUAUCUGCGCGAUGAGGCAAAUGCUUUCAUGCAGCAGGUUGAGGGUGUUUUGAUUCAAAAGACAUCGAUCGAAGAAAGUUACACCCAGGUUUCGCACUACCUCAACGAGUCGAAAGCAAAGGUUCCCGCCGGUGACGAAUUGUAUCCAACUUUAGCCACCAAAAAGGCUGCUCUGCAGAACUACAAGACUCAGCUCCAGGAAAUAACCCUUCACAAAAAUGCUCUUAAACAAUUGCAUGACAAGGCUGUGACCCUUUGUGAUGAUGAGUCAGAGAGGAAGACCGAGGAAUCCAUCCAGGAGUAUAACACUCUAUCCAAGAAGAUUUCCGAUAGGAUUACAACCGUGGGUAACCAUGUGGUUAAACAUGAGGCUUACGAUCAGGUACUUGAAAAGGCGCAAGACUGGCUAAACACUAUUAAAUCCGAAGCUAUUGACAUUCUCAACGAGACGACUUUCGAGAAGGAGGGCGCCGAGGAAAAACUGCUUGUGGUGGAAAAUCUUUUGCAGCACAAGCCCGAGGGUGAUUCCAUUUUCGAUACCUGUCAUAAGUUAUUGGAAACUGUGCUGACCCAAACCCAUCCCAGUGGCCAUCCAGCCCUGCUUAAGGGUUUCGAGGAACCGAAGCAAUCGUGGGAGGACUUCAUGACACUGUGUCAGGACUCGGCCGUUAAACUGAAGCAGCUCUGCUCCAAAUGGGAUGAGUUUGACACGAUAAUUGAAGAGCUGGACAACUGGAUGAAGAAUGUCGAGGCGGUCGUCAAGAACCAGAACCUUAAAAGCACAGCGGAAGCUAAGAAUGCCCAUUUGAAGCAGCUGCAGGAUAUUGCCAAGGAUAUUGAACGCCGUGGAUCGGCUAUCAAUGAGCUGAUGGAUCAAGGUCGUGAGAUUGAGGGUGAAACCGACUUGAACCUUAAGCUGUCCCGCCUGAAUACUCGCUAUCAGACCCUGAAAAACCUCUGCAAGGAAUCGAUAGCCAAGUAUGUGAACUAUGUAAAGGAUCACGAGAGCUUCGAUAACGAUUUCGAUGCAUUCAAGCAGAGUCUUCAAUCUUCAGCUGAUGAGCUGGCCAAGGCCAACGAAAUUGUGGGCGAUCAAAGCGUGCUGCAAGAUCAGCAGAACAAACUGCGUGAAAUGUCCGACAAACGCAUUUCGGACUCCACUCUUUUCGAGGGUCUCAUCGACCGCGGCGAGAAGCUCUAUGGUCACACCAGUCCAGAAGGUCGUGAAAUCAUCCGCCAGCAAUUGAGAUCCCUGCGCACUCUGUGGGACAACUACACUGAUGAUUUGAACUCGGCCACACAGAAGAUCGAUCAGUGUCUGCUGCAGUUCAACGAGUUCAGCAUUGCCCAGGAUCAGCUCACCAAGUGGCUAAAGGAUGUGGACAAGGCCAUGCAGAGCCACACGGAGCCGAAAACGACGCUGCAGGAAAAGCGUGCUCAAUUGCAGAACCACAAGUUACUCCACCAGGAAAUCACCACGCACAAUGUCCUUGUCGAUAAUGUCUGUGACAAGGCCCAGAUACUGGUGGAUCAGAUCAAGGAUAACUCGUUGAAUGUGUACCUAGCCUCGAUCAAACAACUUUUCCAGAGCAUUGUCCAAAAAUCCGAUGAGAUUUUGCACAAUCUGGAGGAUUGUGUCCAGAAGCAUAACGAACUAAACCAUGCCUUGUCUUCAGCCAAGACUUGGAUAUCGAAUGAGAAGGCCAAGUUGCUGGAGUGCGACGAUGCUUAUGGCGAGAAGGCAGACAUUAAGCGCAAGAUUGAAACACUGGGACAAUUGGCUCAGAACAAACCGCAGGCCAUGAAGUUGAUCAGCGAUAUACGUGACCUGUUUGAGAAGGUCAAGGCCACGACUUCCGAGAAGGGCAAUGAGGUGCUGGACAAGGAGAUCGAGGAAUUGGAGACCACCAUGAAGAGCCAUUUCGACGACAUCGAGGGCAUUGAAGGCAAGCAAAAGGAUGUGCUCGCCCAGUGGGACAAAUUUGAGAAGGCGCUCGAAGAGCUCACCAAGUGGUGUCGCAAUGCAGAGGCCGUUUUCCGUGAGCAGCAGCUUAAGUCGACGCUCCACGAGAAAGUGGAACAGCUGGAAAAGUACAAGAUCCAAAGGGAACUCAUUCUCCAAAAGGAGAAGGAGCUCGAUGCCUUCGGAGAUGCUGCCCAUGCCCUGCUUAACAACUGCGGAGCUGAUCGUCUAAAGACGCUUACCACUCAGAUUACCAAUCGCUAUCAACUGCUACAGGUUCUAAGCAAGGAAGUGGUCAAUCGUUGGUCCAACCUUGUCGACGAUCACCAGUUUUACCAGGACAAGUACAACGAGGUGGAUUUGUGGCUGCAACCCAUUGAGGCGCAGAUGGAGAAGGUGCUCUUAGAUGAACCCACCCAGAGUUCGAAUAUCCUGCAAGUGCUGCUGUCUGAAAAAGAGCAGGCAGAAAGCCUAUUCGCUGCUCUCAAUGCUGCUGGAGAAAAGGCUCUGCCAGAGACUUCAACUCAGGGUAGGGAGAAGAUUCGCAAGGACCUGCGUGAUAUCCGCGAUCGUUGGGACAAACUGGACGAGGGCAUUCGCAAUCUGGAGAAACGUCAGGAGGCACAGGGUGUUCAGCUCACCAGCUACCAGGACAUUCUUAAUCAAACCACCAACUGGUUGGAUCAAGUGGAAAAACUUAUUCACAAUGAAAACCCAGCCAGUUGGACUAGCGCUCAGGAAAUUCGCUCCAAAUUGUACAAGUACAAGGCCACAAACCAGGACAUUAACUCCCAUAAACGCAUUGUCGAGGCAGUAAAUGAAAAGGCAGCAGCUCUUUUGGGAAGCGCAGCUCCUGCAAAUGCCGAUGAGAUCUCCAAGGCUGUGGCUGAAGUCAACAAGCGUUACGAGCAAGUGGGUCAGGACUGUGCCAAAUUAGUUUCUGAUCUUGACGGAGCAUUCGAUGUAUACCAACAGUUCAGUGAGCUGCAGAAGGCUCAGCAGGAUUACCAGAAGAAUCUUUGGGAUCGCCUCACCGGUUACUCUGACUACUCGGGCAACAAAGCAGCGCUGCAAGCACGUCUCCAGAAGAUCAACGAGAUUCAGGAUGCUUUGCCGGAAGGUGUGGCCAAACUGAAGUCCCUGGAGGACCACAUCGAACAACAGGCCAAUAACAUACCCGCCCGAUCGAAGGAGGCAAUGGCCCGUGAUCUGGCCAACUUGCAUGCCGAUUUUGAGAAGUUCGGUGGUUCGUUAAGUGACGUAAAGAGUGGACUAGAGAAUCGCCUUCAGCAAUGGAAUGAUUACGAAGUCAAUUUGGAUCGUCUGAUCAAUUGGCUGGGCGAGGCGGAGAAUGCUCUAAAGAACUACAAUCUGAAAUCUUCGUUCGAGGAGAAGGAAGAGCAACUGAAUCGCUUCCAGUCUCUGGCUCAGAAUUUACGUCAAAACGAAGCUGACUUUGACAAGAUGAAGGACGACACCUCUGAGCUGGUGCAAAGUUCUGGUGAGACUAGAAUUGCUGUAAACGUGCAGCAGGUCUCCUCCAGAUUCCAAUCGAUACAAGCCACCGCUAAGGAGAUUCUCAAGAAAUGCGAGCAGGCUGUCCAGGACCAUGGUCACUUUAAUGAUAAAUACAAGCAGUGCGCGGAUUGGUUGGCAAAUGCUCAGGCCCGUUACGAUGAUUGCUGUGACUUGUCCACCGUUGCCUCUCGUGACGAUCUCCUGAAGAAGCAACUGGUUAUCCAAGAGCUUCUGGCACAGCAGCCUACUGCCACUCAGCUCCUGAACAGUACCGUUGAGCUGGGCGAGAAGUGCUACGGAUCAACAGCGACCGAAGGACGUGAAGCCAUUCGCAGUCAACUGGAUGACCUGACCUUCGAUCAAUUGUUUGACAACAUUGCCAUCACAGCGAGAAAGAUUCAGGAUAAAAUUGCCAAAUGGUCUGGCUUUGAUGAGAUUGCCGAUAAUCUUAAGAGCUGGUUAGACGAAACGGAGAAUGCUCUUCCAGCUGAUAUCGAGCUGAAGACAACGCUGGACGAGAAACGCACUAAGCUGCAAACCUAUCGUGACAUCCUAAACGACAUUAACAACCACCAGGUGGAAUUGGGUAACCUUCAAGAGAUUGCCGCCAAUUUACCGGAGAAGACAGACCUCGUGGACCAAAUCCUUAAGGAUAUUUCUGAUCGCUUUGGAAAGCUGCAAAAGCGUGCCCAGAACUACGUGGAGCGCUACGAGGGCAUUGUGAGUGCCCAUCAGCAAUACUCCAAGGCCGUGAUGGACGCUCAAGAGUUUAUCGAUGCCACCCAAAAUACGGUUCACUAUUGGGGCGAUUUGGAUCUCGAGCAGAUCUCAUUGCACACGAACCUGGACCGCCUAAAGAAUCUUAAGGCCAGUUUGGCUGAUGAGUUCCCACGAGUCGAUCAAGUGAGGGCCUUGGGCGAGAAGGUCAUUCCGGGUACAGUGGAUGUGGGUCAGGUGAACAUCAAGUCCCAGAUCGACACCACCCAGCAGGAAUGGGAGAGUCUACUGGCAACUAUCAGCUCCACCAUUGAGGGUAUUGAAGCACGCCUACAACAUUGGUCGGAGUACGAGCAACUACGUGACCAGUGUCUGGCUUGGAUUCGUGAUACGGAUAACAAUCUUCAUGCUAUCGAUCUCAAGGAGGAUCUGCCAAAGAAGCGUGCUCAGUUGGAUGCUCUGAAGGCUCUCCAGGGAGAUGUACGUGCCAAGGAACUGGAAGUUGACAAUGUCACGGAGAAGGCGCAAACCCUGCUUAAGGGUCCCAGCAGCAAUCGAGCCUCUGGUCCUGAAUUGGUGACCAAGUACCAGCAGAUCUUCCACAAGGUCAAGGAACUGAACAACCGUUGGCAGCAGUACGUCACUUCCCACGAAGACUUUGACAACUCAAUUUCUGAUUGUUCCUCUUGGAUCAAUGACAUUAAAGAGAAGUUGGACUACUGCUCCGACAUGUCGUCUAUGAGUCCGAAAGAACUGGAUAAAAAGUUGGCCACUAUUCAAGAUGUUAUCUUGCUGAAGGACGAAGGUUCUGCUCGUGUCUUGAAGAUCCUUGAGCAGGCUCAGCAUGUGCUGGCCAACACAGCACCCGCAGGUCAUGAAGCUAUCAACAAGGAACUCACAGAUCUCCAAGAGCUCUGGUCAGGAAUUGCUCUGCGCAUCAUGGAUGUCAAGUCUAAUCUGGACGACUCUAUUACUCAAUGGUCUGGAUUCCUGGACCAAGUGCAAAAUGUUCGCAAAUUCAACGAGUGGUUGGAUGGUUUGGUUAAGGAAUUAAGUGAACACCAAACAACAAUGACAGAGAAGCGAGCUCAAUUGGAUCGUGUUAAAUCAACGGAGGAAAAGGUGCGCGUGGAGAAGAUCGAUGUGGAUGCGCUGAAGAUUCAAGCCAAGGAAAUGAUUGCCAGCGGUCAACAGAGUCAGGCGGCCUUCCAGGCUCAAAAAGUACUGGAUACGUUUGAUGAGCUUUUUGGUAAGACCCAAAAACUUCUUUCGAACCGCCAGGAUCAGUACAGGGAUCAUCGAUUGUUCAAGGAGGCCUACGAUGAUUUGGUUAGCUGGAUUGGACGCGCACGUGAGAAAUUCCCUUCGCUGAAACAGAGCAGCUUAAGCGAUAAGUUGGCCAUUGAAAAUGCUGUUCAGGCCACAGAAGCUCUGCUCAACAAGCAGGCUCAGGGUGAACUUUUAGUGGAGCACUUGGUUCACACUGGCGAAGUGGUGCUGGCCAGUACCUCUUCGCAAGGUCAGGAGAUCAUUAGGAACGAUAUCCGUGCCCUGCGCGACAGCUUCGAGAGUUUGUUCCGUGAAAUCAACCAGCAGAAGGAGAACCUCGAGGUCACCAUGGUGCAGUGGCGAGCUUACAAGGAAGAGUAUGAGCGGCUAAUGGAAUGGUUGCAACAGAUCGACAUCCUUGUGAAGAACCACAAGCUUAACCUGUGCCCCAACCUUCCGGAUAAGGAGAAACAGGUGGCCGAUAUGAAGGAGGUGAUGUCGCGUCUUGAAAAGGGAAAGGAUGACAUCGAUAAGUUCAAUGCUUCGGCUGCCAGUCUACUGAAGUCCCACCUGGACACCUAUGUGAACAAUCAGCUGCGGCAUUUGGGUUCCGUCUAUCAAGUGCAAGUGAACCUGGCCAAGGAUGUUCUCAAGAAGGUGGAAACCAAUCGGGAUCAGCAUCGUGAGUACGAUGCUAACAUGAAAUCUGCCAAGGAUUGGAUAGCCAAUGCCAAGGCCACGAUUCAGUCGGCAGGCGAAGGAGCUGGCUCCAAGGAGGCUCUCCAACGACGACUGGAGCAGAUCCAGGAUCUGAUUCGCAACCGUGAGCUUGGCCAGAAUUUGGUGCACACGGCCAUUAACAAUGGCGAAAAGAUUAUCAGGAACACGCGCUCCGAUGGACGCGAUGCCAUCAACACUGAGAUGAAGGAAUUGCAGACCGAAUGGGAUCGCUUGGUUAAGAAAAUGUCCACCGCCAAGGUGCAGCUGGAAACGAAUCUGCUGCAAUGGGCGGACUACAGUUCCAGCUACUCGCAGUUGCAGCAAUGGAUCACCGACAGAGAGGCCAAGUUGCAACAGGCCUGUGAACAGAAGAUUGUCAAGUCCAAGCGUGGUCAACCCGGUCUCAGUUGUGGUUUGAGCGAACGCAAGGCCAAUCUCCGGCAGACGAAUAACAUUGUCCAGGAUAUAGUGUCCUUUGAACCCAUGAUUCAGUCAGUCACCUCCAAGGCUUCAGUUCUCCAGCAAGGCGCUCCGGGCACUGAGAUCUCGGAUAAGUACGAGAAUCUUACCAAGCAAGCCAAGGAUCUGUAUGAGAAGCAGAAGAACACCAUUGAGAGCUAUCAGUCUUUGAUUGAUGCAGGCAAUGAGUUCGCCACCUGGCUGAGAAACGCCAAGGAGCGGUUGAGCAAGUGCUCGGAGCCCACGGGAGAUAAACAAGCUCUGGCCGAGAAGACGCACCAACUGAAGAUUCUGCAGGGUGAACUCCCAGAUGGUGCCCAGAAACUGAAGAAUGCUCUGGAGCAGGGCGAGAUCGCUUGCCGCAGUGCAGAGCCCGAGGAUUGUGAAAUCAUCGAACAGGAAGUGGCCCUGCUUCAAGAGGAAUUCGAUGCCUAUAGUGAAGCCCUGAAUAAGGCCAAGGAUUAUCUGGAAGUGGGCAUUGUCAAGUGGUCCGACUACCAGGAUCAGUACACCGAAGCUUUGGAGUGGUUAAGUAAGACCGAAGCUUUGGUGCAAUCCUACAACAAACUGCAGGAUAGUUUGAUCCAAAAGAAGGUUGUCCUCGAGCAAUUCCAGGGACAUCUGCAGACCCUGUUCGACUGGCAGAAGACGCUGGAUGACCUUAACAUGAAGGCCCAGGUUCUGCUGGAGACUUGCUCCGACACAAGGAUCAGCAAUGCCAUCAUGCAGUUGACCACCAAAUACAAUGCUCUACUGACCCUGGCCAAGGAGGUGAUGCGUCGCCUGGAGAUGCACUACCAGGAGCAUCAGCAGCAUCACAGUCUGUACGAAGAGUGCCAAUCUUGGAUUGAGAAGACCCGCGAGAAACUUGCGGAAUGUGAACAAAUACCCGGAACUCUUAACGAAGUUCAAAUCAAAUUGAACACUGUGAAAAACCUUCGUCAAGGUUUCGAAACCGGUCAAAACAAGUUGCGUUAUCUGUUGGAGCUCAAGGAGAAGGUAAUAAUGAACACCGAACAAAAUGGAGCAGCGAAGAUCCAGGAAGACACGGAAUCCCUGAAACAGGACUUUGACAAACUCUUGGUGGAUCUCAACGAUGUACGCCAAAAGUUGGCCAAUCGCCUUGCCCAGCUGGAAGAGAUCUUCAAGCUUUAUAAGAUCCUGGUCGAAUGGCUGGAGGAUGUGGAGCCGAGUGUGAAGGCCAGUGAUGAGUACCUCAACGAUUUAAGCGAAAAGCGUGCGGCGCUGGAGAAAUUCCGCGUCAUUCAGCGUGACAUCAACGGACAUAAUGAUAUUGUGGAGAAGAUCAAUCAGCGUCUUAAGGAGGAUAGCAGCUUGGAUCUGAAUGACUUCCAGCCUGGUCUAGGCAAAUUCGAUGAACUGCAGACGCAGGUGAAUAAGAUCAUCGAGUCACUGGAGAACCAGGUGAACAGCCACGAGAAAUACAAGCAGGCCUACAAUGAGCUGCAGGAUUGGCUGCGUCGCACACGCAUCGAAGUGGAGCAGUGUGCCGAUUGUCAUGGCGAGAAGGAUCAAGUGGAGAGUCGUCUGAAUCGAUUGGGAGACAUACAGUCCUCUUCGUUGGAUGGCAAAUCUCUGCUGGAAGCCUGCGAGGAGCUCAGCCAGGCGGUGAUUGCCACCAGCGGAAGCGAAGGCCAGGACAAUGUGGCCCAGGAGAUCAAGCAUCUAACCUCGGAGUGGGAAACCCUCCAGGCAAUAUCCCGCGAUGCUCGCAGCAGCUUGGAAUCCUGCCUGGCCGCCUGGCAGACAUUCCUGCAGAAGUUCAACAAGAUCAACCUUUGGAUCGAAACGAUGAGCAAGCGCGUUACCAAAUCCCAGGAAGGCGAAAACAAGAACCCCGAAGAUUUGGUUAAUGCCAAGAAACUGCUUGAGGAAGUGCUGGCCGAGAAGGAUAAUGUGGAGGAUCUGAACGAUAACUGCGAGCUGCUCAUGGAGCAGAGUGCCUGCACUCGCAUUCGUGACCAGACCAUCGAAACCCAGGCCAACUACACCAAGCUUCUGACUUCCGCCCAGGGAUUGGUUGCCAAGAUCGAGAAGAAUCUGUCCGAUCACACUGAGUUCCUCAACUACAAGAAGGAAAUGGAUGACUGGAUAGAAAAGGCCCAACAGGUCCUAGACGACUGCUCCACCGAUGGCGAUGCUGCAAUCAUUGCCCAGAAACUGGAUACCGUCAAUUCCCUGGCUUCCCGCCUGCCCGAAGGUCAGCAUCUGUUGGCUUUGGUGCAGGAUGCCUACUCGAAGGCCUCGAACAUAACGCCCGAGGACAAGCAAGAGAAGCUGCGGGAACUGAUGACCAAGGUGCGUGAGGAUUGGGAUGCCUUGGGUCUGGCGGUCAAGCAAAAGUUGAGCGAUCUGAAGCAGGCACAAAAUCGUUGGAACGAUUUUGCUGCCAACAAGGACAAGCUUGAGAAAUGGCUGAACGAAGCAGAGAAGACACUCAAGGUGGCACCCGAAACCAAGGGCGAACUGAGCGAAAUGAAGACUCUGCUGGAGCGCUACAAGACCCUUGCGAAUGAGCUUAAACAAAAGGGUAAUGAGCUGGAGCAGCUGCAGUCGGAGGCUCGCGACCUGGGCACCGAAGUGGAUGCAGUGAAUCGCUUGCAGUCCCGUUGCGACAAGCUCAAGACGGAUUGCGCCGCUCACAUUGCGGCGCUGGAACAGGAGAUGUUCGAUUACAAUGCCUACCAUCAGAGUCUGCAGGAUGUGGAGAAGUGGCUGCUGCAGAUCUCCUUCCAGCUGAUGGCCCACAACUCGCUGUUCAUCUCGAAUCGCGAACAAACCCAGGAGCAGAUCAAACAGCACGAGGCCCUGUUGGGUGAAAUCCAAAAGUAUCAGACCAAUUUGGAUGACUUGAAUGCCAAGGGUCAGGCGCAGAUUAAACGCUAUGAGACCUCAACACCGGCCAUUCGUCCCACUGUUGAGUCCCAGCUGAAGAACAUCCAGGAGAGCUACAACUCGCUGCUGCAAACCUCAGUGCAGAUCAAGAAUCGUCUGCUGGAGUCGCUGGCUAAGUUCCAGGAAUACGAGGACACUCUGGAUAGCAUCAUGCGUAAUCUGGAGGCAUAUGAGCCGAUUAUUCAAACCGAACUGGAUGCCCCGGCCACGAGUCUGGAAUUGGCUCAAACUCAAUUGAAAUGUGCCCAGGAAAUGCAGAAUAAAUUGAACAACGAGAAGUCCCGAUUGGCAGCCGCCGUUCAGGCCUGUGAGGCAGCCACUGCCUCCAUAAGUCGUCCAAGUUCUCCGCUGGAGACAGCCAUGCAGGCCAUUCCCGAAAGGGAGCUCAUUGUGCGCGCCAAGCUCGAGGAUCUGCUGGAUCAGAAACCACCUCCAAAGACUCAGAGCUCAAUCAAAGAUGUCAACAAAGAUGUUGAAGAUGAUGAGGAUGAUGAUGUUGAGAUCCAGGUUGAGCUCAGCGAUGUGAAUGAGGCGCUUUCGGAUCCAAUUGCCCACGAGCGUGUCAGCAACUAUCGUCGCAUAGUUCGCCUGAAUAGUGCCCAUGUGGGCAAGCUGAAUGAACUAGUUGCUAAGGUGCAAUCCCACUUGGGUGGUUUGACUGCAUCCGUUAGCGAACUGGAGCAACAGCAGAAGCAGCGCGCCGAGCUGCAGGAUUGGGUGAAGAAACAGCAGAGCUCUGUCUCAGAUUGGAUGAUGCGUCCUUGCAAAUUGCGUCCUGAGGCAGCCCAACAGGAGCUGGUGUCCAUGAACGAUUUGUUGAACUCUAUCGGUGACAAGAGAUCGCAACUGAUGUUGGAAAUGACAGGAUCAUUGGGCGAUGAAGACACCGAUCUGGAUGACAACAUUGACAAGCUGGAAUCGGAGCUCAUGGAUGCCAUUGCCAAGAAGCAGGCUGGUCAAAAUGUGAUCGAUGGCUAUCGCCAGGGAAUGGCAGAUGUACAAAACUGGUUCGAUACCCUGAUCAAACGCAUGGAUGUUCUGGAUCGUGGUUCUGGUCUUAAUUGUGCCCAGAAAACGGCAGCCAUUAAUGAGAUCAAGAACGAGUACGAACUGCAAGGACAUCCCAAGAUUCAGGAACUCAAGGGCAAGGCCGCCCAGGUGGCGGAGGUCAUCAGCAAUCUGGAUGGUCAGCAGGUUGAAGAGCAAAUGAAGUCACUGGAUCGUCGUUUUGCCGAUCUUGGCAAGCGCAUCGAUCGUAAGGCCCAACUGCUGGAUGUGACCAACAAGGGAGUGGAGGGCGCCAAGGGUGAGAUCGAUCAGCUCCAGAAUUGGGUGAAGCAGCAGAUUGAGGAGCUGCAGGCACCCACUCCAUUGGGUUACACACCCAAGGAUGCCGAGGCACGGCAGCAGAAGAUCAAGAGUCUGAUGAAGGAUGCCGAGGCCAAGCAAUCGCUGGCUGAUGUUCUGGAGAAGCGUGUGGCCAAUAUGCAACAAGAAUUGGAACCCGUUGAAUAUUCCCAACUCGAGUCCGCAUUGCGUAAUCUCAACUCGGAGAAUCGCAAUUUAUCGGGCGUACUCAAGGCAGAACUUGAUCGUGCUCUGGAGGCCAGCAAGGCACGCAAAUCCCUGGAGAACGAUCUGGAUAAGGCGCGUCAAUGGUUGAAGACUAAAAUCUCCGAAGUGCGCAAGUUGCCCGUUUAUCACCCACUUACCUCCGCGGAAAUCGAGAAGAAGAUCCAGGAGAAUCGCAAAUACGAUGACGAUGCCAAGCAGUUCAACGACAGCGUCUUGACUGAUGUUCAGCGUCAAGCGACCAACAUAAUGAAGGAUUGCGACGAUGGCGAUAAGGCUGCACUGCAGCAGAUUCUGGAUGAAAUAGCCGCCGACUAUCAGACCCUGAAGGAUGAGAGCAGCAAGAGAGGAAAGUCCCUGGAUGAUCUGCUGCAAGGUCGCAAGGCCUUCGAGGAUUCGAUGAAGAACAUGGGCGAUUGGUUGAACGAAAUGGAAACAGCCACCGAGGGUGAGCUGCGUACCACUAGUCUGCCUGUUUUGGAGGAGCAACUGGCCCACUAUAAGAAGCUCCUUAAUGAUGCCGAGAACAAGGGCGGCCUCAUCAACGAUGUUUCCGAACAGGGAAAGAGUAUUCUGCCCACUUUGAGCAAUGCCGAUAAGCUGAAGCUCAACGAUGACAUCAAGAACAUGAAGGAUCGGUAUGGCAGGAUCAAGAACACCAUCGAUGAUCGGGUGAAUGCCUUGGGCGAUCACAUCAAGAAGUACAAGGAUGCCAAGAGCAGGCUGGCCGAUUGCAGCCAGUUCCUGGGCACCAUUCAGCAGAAACUCCGUGAGCUCAAUCGUCCAAUUGGCUCCAGGAUCGAAGAUGUCCAGGAUUUGUUGGGCGCCUAUGAGGGCAUACUCAAGGAACUCAAGGACAGCAAGAGCAAAAUGGGCGAUAUGCAAAUGGACGAUUUGCCAGAGCUGCAGAGCAUUUUGGCCCAGCAGGAUGAUAUGAUCAAACUGAUUGAAGAUCAGUUGGCCCAUCUUCGACAGCUUCUGCUGCUCCGCGAGCAAUUUAUUGCCUUGAUCAAUGAGAUUAUUGCCUUCAUCAUGAAGUACACCGAUGUCAUAAUCGAUAUUGAGAACUCACCCGAUAGUUUGGAGGAUAAGAUCAAUAAGUACGAUGAUGUGAUUGUGAAAAUCCAGGAAUGCGAGGGUGUCCUGGCCAGCGCCAAUGACAAGGGCCAGAAGAUCGCCUCCGAGGGUAAUGCUGCCGAUAAGAACAGCAUCACCGAGCAACUGCAAUCGCUGAAGAAUCAACUGCAGAAUCUCCGCAAGGCGGUGGAAUCGCAGCGCCAGAAGCAUCAACUGCAGCUGGAAUCGCACAAGAAGAUGGCCGCCGAGCUGAGUGAAAUUCUCGAUUGGCUGCACAGCCAUGAGGGUGCGGCCAAGUCGCGUCCUCUGCUGGAUCGCGAUCCGGAGUCAGUGGAGCGCGAGCUGCAAAAGCACCAGGGUCUCAGCCAGGACAUUGAAUCGUAUCUCGCUAAGUUCAACAAGAUCAAUGAUGGUGUUAAAACCGAAAUCGGCAUGCCCAGUUCGCUGUUGGAAAUGCUUUCCGAGGGUCGGUCCCUGGUGGCCUCCCUGCCCCACGAACUCGAGGAGCGCGAGAAGUAUCUGAAGAACAACCGCGACUCACGCUUGGAGUACAUGCAACUGGUGGCCAAGUUCAAUGAUUGGGUCCACGAAGCCGAGUUGCGUCUGCAGAACAGCCAGCAUGGCAUCGACUACGAGCAUUUGGUUCAGGAUCUCGAUGAACACAAGAUCUUCUUUGGCAAUGAGGCCCCCAUCCGUAAUCUGGUGCACAAGCAGAUCCAGGAGGCAGCGGACAAGAUCUGGUCUUCGCUGAACAACUACGAACAGUCGGAACUUUCGGCGGAGUUGGCUCAGUUCCAAAACAAGUUGACCAAUACCCUGGCCAAUGCCAAGACGCAGCAGAGUGAGUUGGAGAAGGAGGCGGAACGCUGGCGGGAGUACCAACAGUCCAUUGAUCGCGUCAAGGCCACCAUCGAACGCACCAAGUUCAGCGAUGAGCCUGUCCAGAAUCUGGCCGGACUUCACUUCAACAUCCAGAAGCUGACCCACGCCAUCGGAAAUGUUCAGAGCCAAAAUAGCGACUUAACGCUAGUCAACCAGCAGGCUCAAUCGCUCAUCCGCCAGGCCGACGCCCGUAAUCGCCAGCUGAUCGAGCAGGAUAACGCCGGAUUGAACAGAUCUUGGCAGGAUCUGGUACGCAGCUUGGAGCAGCGACGCGACAACCUGCAACAGUUGGCCGAGCAUUGGGACGGCUUCGAGAACAGCCUGCACGCCUGGGAAAAGGCACUUGGUCGAUUGGAGGACAAGUUCCGCAAUGUCGAUCCGACUGUAAGAUCCCGACGUCAUUUGGAAGACACGAAGAAUGCCAUUCAGGAAUUACGUGAAGAAUCAAAUCAACUUAAAUCAUCACAUAAAGAAAUCGAGGCGCUCUCUAAAUCCAUCCUCACAUUCCUUGGGGAAGUACACAAACCCUCGGCGGAGGCCAUACAGGCCAAAGUGGAUAAGUUAGUUGAACAGCAGGCCAAAUUGAACGACACUCUGCGCGAUAAGGAGCAACAGGUUAGCAAGGAUCUCGAGGAGAUCGAGCAAGUCUUCCGUCGCAUCUCGCAACUGCAGGAUAAGCUAAACGCCCUUCACGAACAACUCCAAUCGGUUCACGUCUACGACGAGCAUAUAUCGCAAACGGAACAGCUCCUGAUCACAUUAAAUAGCCAGGUGCAGCAGGCCGCCGAGGAGAGCAGAUCGCUGGUGGCCCAAACAACGGCCCAGUAUCAGGCCAAGCAGAAUCAGCUGCCCAGCGACAUUGCCCAGGAGUUUACCGCCCUCGAGCUUUUGGCCGAACGUGUCCAGGUGACGAUGGAGACCAAAGAGAAGGAUUUCAAGCGGGCCAAGACCGUGCGCACCGAAUAUGUGGCCGGUGUGGACGAGAUUCAGCGCUGGCUGCUUCAGGCUGAGGUGCAGGUGCAGGAGCGAAGCCUUACACCCACACAGAUGAAGGAGCUGCUGCAGCGCAUCAACCACGAGAUCACCGCCAUCUACGAACGCUUCACGCUGGUCAAGACCAACGGCCAACUGAUCAUCGAGAAUUGUCGCAACAGCGAGGAGAAGACGCUGGUGCAGACGACCAUCGACCAGUUGGCCGCAUCGCUGGCCCAGGUUCGCGGCUGGCUGGACGAGAAGAAGCAGGCGGUGGGCGAUAGCUUGGACGCGUGGACGAGGUUCAUGAACCUCUACCAGAUCGUGAUGUCGUGGGCUGCUGAGAAGCGCACCUUCAUCGAUCAGACGAUCGAGCUGCGCACUCUGCCCGAGGCACGCAACAAACUGAACGACUAUGUGACGGCUGUGAAGAGUAUUAAACCGAUUGUGAAGCAUCUGAGCGAAAUGGACAAGGAACUGGAGCACAUUGGCCAGGUGACGACUGUGGGCGAUCUCAAGGACAAACUGCAGGAGGCCGAGGAUGCGAAGAUAUCCGUGGAAGCGGUGCUGCUAGAGAGGAACUCCCUGCUGCAAGAGGCCUGCGAGGAAUGGGACCAAUGUGAACGCAAGAUUAAGGAUAUACGCUCUUGGCACGAAAAGACGAAGCAGAGUUUGGACUCCUCGCAGCAGCAAAAGAAACCGCUGCGCGAUCAGCUCGGCUUCUGUGAGAAGACCCUGGCCGAUAUUAAUGUGCAGAAAACGAAACUGAGACUGUCCAUUGAGAAACUGGAGGUUCAUUUCCGCAACGGCAUGGGCGGUGAUCCGCGUCUCAGCGAGAAUGUCGAUGAACUGGUGCGCGUGCUCGACGGCCUGGGCGAACUUGGCAAGGCCAAGUCGCAGAGCCUCGAGCAGACGCUGGCCCAGAUCGAUGUUUACCAGCAGCAGAUGCAGACCCUGCGCCAGCGCAUCAUCCAGGAGGAGCAGCAGCUCCGACUGGUGAUGGCGCCCACGUACUUGCCGCACGAUCGCGAGCGCGCAUUAGCCGAGCAACAGGCAAUGCGAGAAUCAAUCGAUGGCAUGCAGCAAGUCUACGAUGCGACCGCUCGAAAGUCCUAUGCGCUGGAUCCCCAUUCAGUGGUGACCACUUCAUCGACUGUCUCGUUGCUUAUGAAGCCAACAGCGGCAGUGGGUCUGACCUAUGCUGAAGUGUUGUCUGGACAUGCGAGUCCGGUAAGCAGCGGUAAUGAAUCGGUAACAAAUCCCCGACAAGAACGAGACCACUCUAUUACGACAAAAACGGCGACCCGGCAGGAACAAACGACCGACGAUACCCUCAACCAGACAACAAUUACAACUGUUACGACCACAACAACAACGACUUCGAGACGUACGCACGGUGAUGAAGCCCAAAGCCAAGAGCGAUAUGAGUUCCAUGUCGGCGGCAGCACUGAUCCCACAGCGAAAUACGAACGUCAAGAACAUGUUACACCAACCAGCGAUAAUACCCCAACUUCAGUUCCUAGCACAACGACAACGUCCAACCCCAACACUCAGUUCAUCGAAAGCGAGCAAAAACACCAUUCUCAGGCCAAACCGGGUAAGAAACUUCAGCCACCGCGACCAGAACGUCGAGGUCGUUCGCCUAGACGUCGACCUCAACAGCACCAAGCAAAACCAACCCAGGAACAACAGCCCCCAAUCGAGAUUCAAUUCGAGCAGCAACAACCACAACAGGAACAACUCUUCUUGCCCAUUGAUGACCGCACUAGAUCACGUAGUCCCAUGUGGGUACCCGGUUCGACUUCCUAUGCCGAGGUUCUGCGAGGACUGGAACUGGAGCGCCUCAAGGCCGAGCAGUUGGCCGCCCAGGCGGUUCAAGGCCGCACCGAUCUUACCAUCCAGGAUGUGGUGGAUGCCAGCGCAGAAGUUUCAGACAGUAUUUACGUCCCCGAACCUGAGCCACAGCCCAUUAAAGAAACACAGCAGCAAGAGCCACAACUAGAACAAUACAUCAGCAACACCGGUACAGAUCUUAACUAUUCUAUCCCGCAGCAGGAGCAACAGCAACAUCAGUUGCAACCACAACUGCAGCAAUCUCAGCCACAGCAACCGAAAUCCAUCAGUAACUACGAAGUGCCCAUGACAGCUGAAGAGAUUGCAGCCACCUACUUGCAGCCCGAUCCGCAGUUGUAUCAGACAAUGUACGAAAACGUAGCCGAUAGUGGUCAGUGGGGUUAUGUGACAGGAUCUGUGACAGAGCCACAGCAACAGCAGGCGACCCAACAGAACUAUUAUGAGCAGAUUAUGCAGAUGCAGUAUCCCAUACAGUAUCAGCAGGUGGCUGUGCCACCAGCGACAACGCAAUAUCAGCUUUUGGCUGGCUACUAUCAGCCGGUGGCUCAGACGGAGACUUACUCCACGGUUUACCCCGCAGAGCCGAAUCAAAUCUACUAUACCCAGCAAACGGCCGAGUACUCACAGGAAUACCCACAGCAGCAGCAGCAAACUGAACCUUUGCAGGAAUAUCAGCCGGAGACGGUAGAGCAGACCUAUCUGCUUGAUCCCUACACUACGAAUACCACUCUUACCUCAACGACAGGUAACAGCGUGCUGGAUCGCGUUGUAACCACGUUGGCAUCCAUGGUUCAACAGAGUGCAGAGCCUCUGACUACCAGCACCCAACAAAUUCAACCGGUGGUGGUCCAGAGCGAGUCGUCAUACUAUAUUGAAGAGCAUGUUCAUAUGCUGCGACCUGUAGAACCACAAGAGUUUGAGCUGAACGAACCCCGACCGGAUAUUACUUUUGGUCAAUUUGAUAUUGAUGCUAUUGAAACCAUACCUUUGGAUGAGCCACAAGUUCCACAGGCCCAAUUCGAACCUCAGCCCCAGGUUCAAUCUCAACCAACUGAAACGACAACCAGCUAUGUAACGGAGACAACAAUUGUCUCCGAACAGACACAGCCAACUGUGAUAAUACGGCAGACUCAGGAAAUUGUCGCAGAACCAGAUGCUUCACAGACCACUGAAGUACCGACCACGGUCGUGGUGCAUCCCCAGCCUCAGCGGCGAAGCAACAAACAAGUCCGGCCCCAGGAUAUCAGUACAGGCAGCACUUAUGCCGAAGUCCUCUUCGGUCUCCAGCACAAAGAAAAUGCAGUUUUCCAGCCAUCCAGUCAGCAACAGACCCCAGUGCGCCUCACGUCCUCGCCGCCUAUGCAACGCAAGCUGGAACAGACAACAAUCAAUACUGCUACCUUUACUAAUAAAACCAAACAGCACGCCAGACAAGUCGAGAAAUCACCAACUUGGGAACGCAAGAUCGACAAUGUUGAGUCGCGUACAUCGCGAACAAAGAGAGUGAGACACGAAACUCAACCGGAACCUUUACCGAUUAAACAGAGUACUAGGAAAGAAGGUAAGACGGGUAAGAAAUCCCAGUCUCCCGAUAGAAAUGGUGUCGCUUUGGUGGAGAGGAAACCACUUGUUGAUGCGCCAACACCGAAGACGGAUAUUGAAGAGACUCCCAAACCUGAGCCAAAGCCAAGAAAAUCAAAGAAGCCGAAAAAGCCAAGCGAUAGUGAGGCCGCAACAAGUGUAGAGCGAAAAGAUGAAUCAGCUGCCGAUGUUUUAGUGUCAUCUAAAAAGGACAAGAAAUUGGCCCACUCUGUUUUGGUCGAGACAACUGUGAUAAAAACAAUAGUUGAACCUGCUGCUGAGAUUAUUUUGCCAGUGGAAUCAGCUCCAGCUCCCUCAAAGAAAGAUAAAAAACAAAAGCCCGUCAAGGAAAAGGACACUACAAAGUCAGAAGAAAAGGUUUUGGAGGUGCCACCAGUUGCUCCAACCAGAAAGGAUAAGAAACAAGCCAAGGCGGUGGCGCAGGAACCCGUGCCAACCAAGUCUAUUGAGCCGACGGUAAAGGCAACUGACAAGCCAGCCAAACCUGAAUCGAAAUCAGAGAGUGUGGUUAAAACUGUUGUAGAGGAAGUUGUUGUCAACACCAAGUCGGCCGAACCUGCCAUUGAAAAGGAAAUUGUCAAAGUUGCUCUCAUAGACGAGGAAGAACCCGUAAAAUCUCUAGCUCCAGCUGUGCCUUCAAAGAAGGAGAAGAAAAAGACCAAGACAGUUGUUGAACAGCUUGAGCCUGUCACUAAAAAAGAGAUUGUUCAACCAUCUGUGAUUGAAAUUGUAGAACCUCAGGCUACAACUAUUAGUUCCAAAAAGGAAAAGAAACAGUCGGAAACUAUUGUGGAAACUUUACUUAUUAGUGCACAAAACGUGGAACCAGUUCCUGCACCAGUGCCCUCCAAGAAGGACAAAAAGCGUUCUAAGAAGGAACCAAAACAACCCUUGGAAACUAAAAUAACAGAAACAGUUACAGUUCAAGGUACCGCAGUGACUGAGCCCAUUGUUGCUACUCAGGACCUAGUUGAAAAUAAUAUGCCGUUAUCGGAACCAAUUACUGAAAAAACUUUAAAACAAGAACCAAUAACUGAACUGGUGAUUCCGAUUGAAAAUGUUUCCUCAGAUGCUGUAAUUGCCACAGAAAAGGACACACCAUCGUCCAUCGAGACCGCCCCCCUUGAUAUUCAGGAGACCAUUAUCGAAGGCGAGCCUACGGUCACUACAUCAAGUAAUACAAUCUCAACGGAAAGUGGCACUACAACCAUCACAACGCGAACAAUAACUAAGCACAUUACCAAGCGCAUUGUAAAACGCAUUGUAGAUGGCAAGGAGGAGAUUGUCGAAGAAGAUGUCAUUGAUGAUUUACCUGAAGAGAACAUAUCCGUUGAGCAAUAUAACCUUCCAACAAUAGAAACUACCACCAAGGAGAUGCCCAUUGAUGUAACUGGAUUCUCUACAACACAGGACACAAUCGUACAGCAAGGAUCGAUAACUAAGACUGUUAUAACCAAGACAAAGCGCAUCCUGAAGCGCAUAACUGAAGACGGAGAGGAAAUAGUAGAGGAGGUCUUUGAAGAUGAACCUGAGGUUGAGCGCGAUGUGACUCUGCUACCUACUACAGUGAUAACUUCAUUAGAAGUCAUCGAGGAUGCUGCCCAAAAUGUGGUUGAUGAAGUUUUAAAACAAGCUGAGGAAAUAACGCAAAACGAAUCGUCAAAACUGAGCCAGGAGAAGACCAAGCCCUCGAUUGAAGCAGAACUGAACCCAGUUGUAAAAGCAAGUCCUGCUGAACCUGAAGUAACCAAUAAGAAGGAGAUACAGAAGCCGCAAAAGCCUUCAAGAAAAGAUAAGAAGAAACAAAAGAAGUUGGAAAGCGACCAAGAAGCUGAUAUUGAGCAAAAGGUUAUCAAAAUCGUCGAACCUCAAAUAGAAAUCACAGAGCCCCUGAACGUACCAAGUGCAAUUGCUACGGAUGAUAAUCAAAAUCUGUCGUCUGAGCAAACCAGCGUCAGCGAUGACAACGGUCUCAUCAAGACAACAGUUAUCCGUACAACCAAAAUCGUAAAGAAAAUCAGCAGCAGUCAGCAACAAAGUCAGGAGAUGAAUUCUUCGACGCAUUCAGAUGUAGUUUCAUCUUUGGGCUCUUACGAUUUGGCAGACGAAGCAACCGAAUCACCAAAGAUUGAGAAAUCGGAAACGAAUAGCCGAGAAAUCAGCGAUGAGGGCGUAGUCAAAACAACUAAAACCACAACCACUAAAACCAUAAAAUCUCCAAAAGUGGAAGAAGUACACGUGGAACCAUCAUUAGAUUUAACUACCGGCACGGUUGUUUCACCUGCAGUUGCUGAAGAGCCCGAGGAAGGUGGUGUAAUCAAAACAACUAUUGUGCGUACCACGAAGAUUGUCAAAAAGAUUUCUCAAGAGAGCGAAAAUAUCAGCGAGACAAGCAGUGAAGCCGAGAUUUCUCUACCGAUUGUCGAGUCAGUCAUGCAAGACGCUCCACUUGUCGCAGAAUCUGUAACUACUGAAUCAAACAGCGAGGGCAUAACUAAGACCACGACAAUACGGACAACUAAGGCUACUGCUAAGAUUGCGGGCGGAAGUGAGGAUGAAGUUUUGAACCUACCGGAUGUUCCUGUGGCCCCUCUUGAAUUGGAGGAUGAAGCUGUUGAACUUCCAGAAGUCCCUAAAGCCCCUAUUGACGUGCAAGAUAAGCUUAUGAUAGCGGCAACCACUGUUGAUGUUCCCAACUUAACCCAAAUAAAAUCUACAGUUAUGGACUUUAUUGGUGCAGAGCAAUAUGAGGCAAAAAAAUCGACUAAGUCGGAAGAAAUUGUUUCUCAGAUUCCAAUUUACGAGGAACAUAAAGACCUGGCUCCAGCUCAAGAAUUUACGGUGUCGGAACCUGAAUCUUCCGGGGUUGGUGAUGUUGUCAAGACUACAAUUGUUCGAACAACUAAAAUUGUCAAGAAGGUAUCGCAAAACGCGGAACAAAGUGUUGGUGUAAUCGUUGAUGCUCCCAAUUCGGAGGACACGGAAUCAAAACCAGUGGAGCCAGCUGAGGACGUUAGUGCUGGUGUUACUAAAACAACAACCGUGCGUACUACGAAGAUCGUAAAGAAGCUUAAUGAAGAUGGGGAAACGACCACAGAGGAAACCAGCACCGCCAGUGAACCAGUGACAGUGCGAGAAGCUUCGCCAACUAUUUCGGAGGUCCCGAGCGAAACUUCAACCACAUCUAGUCAAAUUGAUGGUGCAAUUAUCAAGACUACGACAAUUCGAACAAUGCGAAUCACAAAGAGGGUAGCCAAUGACGGCCGCAUUCUGCUCACUGAGAGCGAGACACCGGGUGAUGUAAUUGUAACUUCAAGCAUUGAGAUGCCCGACCAGAGACCAAUUAGUCCGGUGACUUCCUCGCGCUCAACCUCUCCCGCUGUGACGCCUAGUUCCGAACUGAAGUUAACUAAUUUGGGUUCAAACAUACAGUUAGGAUUAAAGGACAGCCCAACUGGGGUUAAGGUUAUUGGCAUCGAAACAAACACCGUCGAGUUGCCGAAGUUUGGUGAACAGCAAUAUGCUGAAAACAAAACUAAUGGGUCACUUAACAAGACAGAAAGUAUUACCACUACUAUGACGACUACCAAGAACACGAUACUCACGACUACCCAACGACGAAGCUUCGAAACCGAAGACGGCACAAAUGUUCUUUUCGUGGGAGAAGGCAUUGACGGUGCAUAUCCACCGGGCACAGUGCAAAAAAUUUCCCUAAUUACUCAUGAAGAGAAACUGAAGACACCUAUCGUGAAAAUGCAUCUUGAUUUUCCGGAGGUUAGUCUUCGGGUGACAGAGACUGUGACUGAAAAUGUGGAAUCACUGCAAGAAACAGCCGACAGUAGUGAGAAUACCGUGAUUGACGUAGUCGAAUUGUCGAAAUCGGAGGUCCCAGAAGCAGUAGAAUCCAAAUCUGAUCCCAUUCCCCAGCUAGUAGUAAAACCUACCCCAUCAGAUGAACUCACAAAGAUCGCAGAAACAACCCCCUCAGUUGUCCCUAAAAGUAGCCCAGAAGAAUUAAGCCCUGAAGAGCAAAAGCUUUUUGAGGAUAUUCAGAAAAAACUUUCCAAGAAAGAUAAGAAGAAGCGUCCAGCUAUUCCGGAAGAGUUUAUUAAGCAAGAAACGGUUCAGGUCAUUUUGGAGGAAAGCAAAGGUAAUGAAAAUAGUAAUAUCCAUGAUAUAGUUGAAAAACUAACCGAUGUAGUUGAACCCUUAGUUAAGCAAGACACGUUGGCUUUCAAUGUCUCGCAGGAAGAGACCCUGAUCUCUAGUGUCAGUUUAGUUAAGCAAUCUAAGGAUUAUCAAGAGUCCAUAGUAGAAGUUGCACCAGUUACCGAAUCUCCUCAAGCAACUGAAGAGGUCACUGUUAAUAUUCAACCAAAACCUCUUCUGGAAUCUGAUAAUUUUGUAAACAACAUUACUCAAGACGAGUCUUUAAUCUCCACCGUCAAGUUGAUCGAGCAAACAAAGUCAGACAUUCUUUAUCAUGAGUCUUUAGUUGAACUUGUCCCCGUUCACCCUCAAGAAGAAGUGCCAGUCGAAAUUCCAUGUGAAACUCAGUCAAGUCCUGCUCCUACUAAUAUUGCUAAUCAAAUUGUUUCUGCCCAACCAAGCGCAUUAAUUGCUGAAGCAUUUGUGGCUAACCCGGUAAGCACUUUAAAUAUAAUCACUAAUAUUGAAACAAUUUUACCCCAUGAAAAAAUAUUUGAAAUUCCCAAAUUUGAUAUAUUUAAACUUAAUAUCGCUGAGGAUAAUUAUCACAUAAUCAUUUCUAAAGCUAUUGAAAAUAAACAAUCUAUCGAAACUGUACCUGAAUCGCACGCAAAGACGGUAAGCUUUGACGAUGCAACGGAAACUAAAAUUGAAACUACCGUCACCGACAUGGGUUCAACAACGACACUAGAUUCUGCAGCACCUCAACAAACCGAUUAUAUCCCUGCUACAUACAACUUCGAGGUUCCCAAAUUUGACAUAAUUUUCUUAAAUAAGGCUGAGGCUAGACAGAAAAUUCUUGAAGCGGCAGAAGAAGUAGAAAAGUCUGAGCCAAUUGUUGAUGCUCUGAUGGUGGAUGAAACCAAAACAAUUACAACAGUUACCACUACAACAGUAACUACUGAGUCCACUAACGAAACUGCAGUUCCCGAAGAACCCAAGAAAGUUCAGGAAAAGACACCUGAGGAACCCAAGAAACCAGCUUAUGCCGGUCUGCCCGUGGACGACUCUUCCAGCUCUUGGAUGGAUGUUUUGGAUGAGCCAAUGAACUUCUCCGAUGAUGAAGAGGAAUCUGUUCCUGAGCCACAAACGGAAGUCACCCCAGUGGAAGAAACAGAAAAGUCUGUGCCAAUUGUUGAAGCUCCGAUUGUGGAUGAAACCAGAACAAUUACAACAGUUACCACCACAACAGUAUCUACUGAGUCCACCAGCGAAACUGCUAUACCCGAAGAAACGAAGAAAGUUCAGGAAAAGACACCUGAGGAACCCAAGAAACCAGCUUAUGCCGGUCUGCCCGUGGACGACUCUUCCAGCUCUUGGAUGGAUGUUUUGGAUGAGCCAAUGAACUUCUCCGAUGAUGAAGAGGAAUCUGUUCCUGAGCCACAAACGGAAGUCACGCUAGUGGAAGAAACAGAAAAGUCUGAGCCAAUUGUUGAUGUUCCGAUGGUGGAUGAAACCAAAACAAUUACAACAGUUACCACUACAACAGUAACUACUGAGUCCACUAACGAAACUGCAGUUCCCGAAGAACCCAAGAAAGUUCAGGAAAAGACACCUGAGGAACCCAAGAAACCAGCUUAUGCCGGUCUGCCGGUGGACGACUCUUCCAGCUCUUGGAUGGAUGUUUUGGAUGAGCCAAUGAACUUCUCCGAUGAUGAAGAGGAAUCUGUUCCUGAGCCACAAACGGAAGUCACGCUAGUGGAAGAAACAGAAAAGUCUGUGCCAAUUGUUGAAGCUCCGAUUGUGGAUGCAACCAGAACAAUUACAACAGUUACCACCACAACAGUAUCUACUGAGUCCACCAGCGAAACUGCUAUACCCGAAGAAACGAAGAAAGUUCAGGAAAAGACACCUGAGGAACCCAAGAAACCAGCUUAUGCCGGUCUGCCGGUGGACGACUCUUCCAGCUCUUGGAUGGAUGUUUUGGAUGAGCCAAUGAACUUCUCCGAUGAUGAAGAGGAAUCUGUUCCUGAGCCACAAACGGAAGUCACGCUAGUGGAAGAAACAGAAAAGUCUGUGCCAAUUGUUGAAGCUCCGAUUGUGGAUGCAACCAGAACAAUUACAACAGUUACCACCACAACAGUAACUACUGAGUCCACCAGCGAAACUGCUACUCCCGAAGAAACGAAGAAAAAUGAUGGCUUGGAAAAGAAACCUGUGGAGCUAAGCAAACCAGUAUCUGAGCCACAAACGGAAGUUACGCUGGUGGAAAAAGCAGGCAAUUCUGAGCCGAUUGAGGAUGAAACCAAGACAAUUGAAUCUAUUAGUGAAUUAUCCAUUUCGAAGGAACCCAAAGAAACUAAUAGUUCAGAAAACAAACCUGAGCCACAAAAAGUGGUAGAUGAAAAGAAGACCAUUGAAAAGGUUUUCACGACAACAGUUAUUACAGAAACAACUAACGAAACUACUGUUCACGAAGAAUCGGCUAAAAACCCAGAGACUGUUCUAUCUAUUCCCAAAGAAGAAAAUGAUCAUGAAGAAGGCGAUUCGGACUCUCUAUCUGUUGAAGUCCAGUCCUUUAAUAAUGGAGUUCAACAAUUGGAGAAACCUCUAGAGGGGCCUAUUGAUACCUGGUCCAGUGUUUUGGAAGACACAGUUCCUAAUACCGGAAGCAUUGGCUUUACUUCAACUUUAUCGGCCGAUGCACCUGAGUUUACUCCAUCUUAUCUGAGACAUACUUACUCCGAUCAAACUCAUACGUUCCUUGCAAAUGAAAGAGUAUACAAUGAAUUUAUUCCAAGGAACAGGUCGGAACAGACAAUUGUGCCACAACAAAAGCUCAAAAAACCUAAACCAUCGAAGCGACAAAACAAGAAGGUGGAAAACAAAGAAGAGAUUCAUAAUAUCCAACCUGCUCAGGAAAUAUACAUCCCAGAACCGAUACAAAUUGUUGAAGAGGUGGAGAAUGUUUGGACCAAAAACCGUGAUGGCAAAUCUUAUGCUGACGUGUUACUCAACUCUGGCGUUAUUGGCGAUGUUGUCGCGGCUACUGAAGAAAUACCAUUUAAACCAGCUGUAGAGCACACUAAAACACAGGAGCGGAGAAAAAAGACAAAGCCUGAGAAACGCCUGGCAGUUGAAAAAAGUCUUGAACUGUCUGCACCAAGCACUGAAAGCGAUAAAUCUAAGCCAAAUAGCGAUAGUGAGCAGUCCAAGCCUACGACAGAAAGCGAUCUAUCUAAACCAACAACCGAAAGUGCAAAGGAACUUUCUUCCGAUGAAAGGGAUGUCUUAAGCACCUCCGAGCUGACUUGGUCAGCUCUUGUCCGAAGACCUGGCGAGUGGUCGGACACAACCAUAGUCAAGAAAGAAAUUACCCAUGCAGCUGUCUCAACUGAGGACAAGCCUCGUCAGAAAGAAAAGGAGGAAUCCAAGAAACCGACAAAGGUCAAAAAGUCGAAGAAAUCAAAGAAACCAUUUGUUGAACCAGUCUCGACCACAUCUGAAGACGAGCAACCUGAGCCAGUUGUGCCUGCAAUAGUGGAGGUUCAACCUGUACUAGUAGAGACGAAAACGGAUCAAAAAGGAAAUGAGAAUGUACAGGGUGGUAGUUCAUUCUCUUGGGCUUCACUUGUAAAAAGGCCUGGCGAAUGGAUUGACAACACCGUAACUCAUAUUAAGACUGCUGUGGCAACUUCAACAGACGUCAAAGAACCAACUAAAAAAGAACAUGAAAAACCACAAAAGCCUAAAAAGCAGAAGUCCAAGAAAAAACCAGAGUUUAAACCUACUCCAAUAGCAGAGCCGGAGUCCGAAUUUAGCAAUGAACCGAUCGAAGAAAUUGUGGUUCAGGGCGAGGUGGAAAAAUUAAAACCUAUCGAAAACACAGGAAACUUGUUCUCUUGGGCAUCUCUGGUGAAGAAGCCUGGCGAGUGGGUUGAUGACAUUGCUGACCGUAAAAAGCCAGUUGAACCCCUAAAAGAGGAACGCAGGGAAGAUAUCCAUCUACGGAAAGAACGCAAAACACAUAAAACUGUGGCUACUCCUCAGACUGAGAACAUCAUCAAGCGUAAAAUCAAAGAGGAAGUUCGAGAACCUAAAGUCAUUCAGUCGACAUCAGAUGAUAGUGAUGUAGUUGAGCCAUUAUCAUCUAAAGACGAAAGCACAAUUACAUGGGCUAAAAUCGCUAGUCAAAUUGAUCAUAUGACCGAAUUGGCACCAAAGCCUAAGAAGGAGGUUAGGCAGAAGCAACCCGAAACCUUAAAACAGCAAGUUAGGUUCGAUCGAUAUGAGAAACCGGCAAAGACAAAGUUGCGUGCCAUAUCUCCAGAUGCCAGUAAAUAUAAGAAGGAGAGAGGACAUACCUGGUCCUCAGUUGUGAGUCAUGAAGUCUCUGAUUUUAUUGAAGCUGAGAAGAUCAAACCAGAUUCUAAAAUUUCUACGGAUAAGCCCAGGGAGAAGGCUGAAUCUCAAACUAAAUCUUCUAUACAGUUGGAAGAACCUUUGCCAGACCUAGAAUCGAUACCAGUUUCCCAAAUCCAAGAAAAUAAGCUGCAAAGGUCAUGGGCUGAAAUGAGUGAUGACGGCUCGGAAGACGUGGUUAUUGAACAGAAAUCGUGGAAGGAACUAAUAGAAGACGAAGUAGAGAUUCCGCUUCUUCCAGAAAAUGGAGACGCAGCGAACAUCACCAAGAUUAUUGAAAGCAUCCAAGAAAUGAAAUCAGCCAAUAAAGAAAAUUUCAUCACCAAAUUUGAGCCAACAAAAGAAGAGCCAGCAUUUGAGCCUCGGAGGGAAGACUUGCUUGUCGAAAGCUUUACUAAAUCUCAACCAAGUAUUGAAGCGUUUGCUGUGGAGGAAACUAAAACGCUCACAACCGUUACCAGCACAACUGUUACUACUGAGUCUACCAGUGAAACUUCUAUUCCGGAUGAACCCAAGAAAGCUGAGCAUAAGACAUCUGGAGAACCCAAAAAAUCAGCAUAUGACGCUCCGAUUGCGGAUGAAACCAAUGCAAUUACAACAGUUACAACCACAACUGUAACUACUGAGUCCACUAUUGAAACUGCUGUCCCCAAAGAACCCAAGAAAGUUGAGGAAAAGACACCUGAGGAACCCAAGAAACCAGCUUAUGCCGGUCUGCCCGUGGACGACUCUUCCAGCUCUUGGAUGGAUGUUUUGGAUGAGCCAAUGAACUUCUCCGAUGAUGAAGAGGAACCUGUUCCUGAGCCACAAACGGAAGUUACGAUGGUGGAAGUAUCAGAAAAGUCUGAGCAAAUUGUAGACGCUGCGACAGUGAAUGAAACCAAUACAAUUACAACAGUUACAACCACAACAGUAACUACUGAUUCCACUAACGAAGCUGCAGUUCCCGAAGAACCCAAGAAAGUUGAGGAAAAGAAAAUUGAGGAACCAAAGAAACCAGCAUAUGCUGGUCUGCCCGUGGACGACUCUUCCAGCUCUUGGAUGGAUGUUUUGGAUGAGCCAAUGAACUUCUCCGAUGAUGAAGAGGAACCUGUUCCUGAGCCACAAACGGAAGUUACGGUGGUGGAAGUAUCAGAAAAGUCUGAGCAAAUUGUAGACGCUGCGACAGUGAAUGAAACUAAUACAAUUACAACAGUAACAACCACAACAGUAACUACUGAGUCCACUAACGAAGCUGCAGUUCCCGAAGAACCCAAGAAAGUUGAGGAAAAGAAAAUUGAGGAACCCAAGAAACCAGCAUAUGCCGGUCUGCCCGUGGACGACUCUUCCAGCUCUUGGAUGGAUGUUUUGGAUGAGCCAAUGAACUUCUCCGAUGAUGAAGAGGAACCUGUUCCUGAGCCACAAACGGAAGUUACGGUGGUGGAAGUAUCAGAAAAGUCUGAGCAAAUUGUAGACGCUGCGACAGUGAAUGAAACUAAUACAAUUACAACAGUAACAACCACAACAGUAACUACUGAGUCCACUAACGAAACUGCUGUUCCCGAAGAACCCAAGAAAGUUGAGGAAAAGAAAAUUGAGGAACCCAAGAAACCAGCAUAUGCCGGUCUGCCCGUGGACGACUCUUCCAGCUCGUGGAUGGAUGUUUUGGAUGAGCCAAUGAACUUCUCCGAUGAUGAAGAGGAACCUGUUCCUGAGCCACAAACGGAAAAUACGGUGGUGAAAGUAUCAGAAAAGUCUGAGCCCAGUGUAGACGCUACGAUUGUGGGUGAAACCAAUACAACCACAGCAGUAACUACUGAGUCCACUAACGAAACUGCUGUUCCCGAAGAACCCAAGAAAGUUGAGGAAAAGAAAAUUGAGGAACCCAAGAAACCAGCAUAUGCCGGUCUGCCCGUGGACGACUCUUCCAGCUCUUGGAUGGAUGUUUUGGAUGAGCCAAUGAACUUCUCCGAUGAUGAAGAGGAACCAGUUCCAAAAACGGAUGUCUCGCUAGUGGAAGUAGUAGAAAAGUCUGAGCCGAUUGCUGAAGCUCCGAUUGUGGAUGAAACAAUUACAACAGUUACAACCACAACAGUAACUACUGAGUCCACCAGCGCAACUGCUGUCCCUGAAGAACCCAUGAAAGUUGAGGAAAAGACCCCUGGGGAACCCAAGAAACCAGCUUAUGCCGGUCUGCCCGUGGACGACUCUUCCAGCUCUUGGAUGGAUGUUUUGGAUGAGCCAAUGAACUUCUCCGAUGAUGAAGAGGUAUCUGUUCCUGAGCCACAAACGGAAGUCACGCUAGUGGAAGAAACAGAAAAGUCUCUGCCAAUUGUUGAAGCUCCGAUUGUGGAUGAAACCAGAACAAUUACAACAGUUACCACCACAACAGUAACUACUGAGUCCACCAGCGAAACUGCUAUACCCGAAGAAACGAAGAAAGUUCAGGAAAAGACACCUGAGGAACCCAAGAAACCAGCUUAUGCCGGUCUGCCCGUGGACGACUCUUCCAGCUCUUGGAUGGAUGUUUUGGAUGAGCCAAUGAACUUCUCCGAUGAUGAAGAGGAACCAGUUCCAAAAACGGAUGUCUCGCUAGUGGAAGUAGUAGAAAAGUCUGAGCCGAUUGCUGAAGCUCCGAUUGUGGAUGAAACAAUUACAACAGUUACAACCACAACAGUAACUACUGAGUCCACCAGCGCAACUGCUGUCCCUGAAGAACCCAUGAAAGUUGAGGAAAAGACCCCUGGGGAACCCAAGAAACCAGCUUAUGCCGGUCUGCCCGUGGACGACUCUUCCAGCUCUUGGAUGGAUGUUUUGGAUGAGCCAAUGAACUUCUCCGAUGAUGAAGAGGUAUCUGUUCCUGAGCCACAAACGGAAGUCACUCUAGUGGAAGAAACAGAAAAGUCUCUGCCAAUUGUUGAAGCUCCGAUUGUGGAUGAAACUAAAACAAUUACAACAGUUACCACUACAAUAGUAACUCCUGAAUCCACCAGCGAAACUGCUGUUCCCGAAGAACCCAAGAAAGUUGAGGAAAAGACACCGGAGAAACCCGAGAAACCAGCUAAUGGCGGUCUGUCCGUGAAAGACACUUCCAGCUCUAAGUCUAAGCCAACUGUUGAAGCUCCUACUGUGCUUAAAACGAAGAAUACGACUAAGUCAGACAAGGAAAUUUCUUACCCGUCGGAAGUCGAACAACUUAAAAAACCAGAAGAAUUUCCAGUGGAAGCCAGGGCAAUACCUAUGAAAUCAUCGCCUCCUAAUGUGUGGGAACUGCAUUCAUCGUAUGCUGAUGUCUUAAGGCACACUGUUGACUUUAUAAGCUUGGAAAAGAAAAAUGUAGAAAUCCCAUCUAAACCCAAAACUGGUAAACCUCAUUUAACAAAAGAUCAAGCCACAAUUGUUGAAGUCUCGAAGAAAACCAAAACCAAGAAAGAUAAAUCGUCCAAGAAAACAAUACAAAAUAUGACUCCUGAUACCGAAGUGAUACCCAUCGUAAAUGAAUCACUAACGGACGAUGUUACAACCUCUUGGUCAGCCAUGGUUGAUGAGGAUUUGAGUGACAACGUUGAAGCGAGUCUGCCCAGUAUUGGUAAUACUUUAUGGUCUUCGGUUGUACGACAAGGUGUCCAGGAACCUUUCACAAAAAUAACUCAGCCUGCCGACCAUAAUGACACGUCUAUAGAAAUUCCCUCCAAGCAACAACAACCUCAACACAAAAAGGAAAAGACUCCAAAACCAAUUUCUGCACCAAUUCAAGCACCAGAACCAGAACUCAAGACUGUUCAUGAAACUAAAACUUCGACCGAAACAAGCACAACAGCUCCUUCGAAAGACAUUCACGAAUUCAUUGUCCACGAAAGAAACUCUUCCAUUGAAAAUCACAAGAAACAAAAAGCAAAGAAGGAAAAGAAACCUGCUAAAUCAGUACCAGUUACUGAAGUGGUGACAAAUGUUGAAGAGUCUUUUGUUGAUGUAACUACUAUUAGCGAUGAUCAUAAGAUAGAGCGUGAACAAAAACCCUCUUCGGUUUCAGAAAAUUCUCCGUUAAAAUCCGUGUCAUGGUCAUCCAUUGUCUCGCAGACGGUGAUAACAACUCCAAUAAUUACUGAAACUAAACUAUCAAAAACACCAGAAGAACCCAUCAAAUCUACAGAGGUUCAAGACUUUAUAAGUCAAGAACAAAUCUUUUCAACUGCAGUUAAUGGCAAACAUAAAAAACAAAAGUCAAAGAAAGACAAGAAAUCGUCCAGUGCGGAAAUUAAAAAUGAACCAGCUUUUGAAGUGAGUCCAGUUCAAGAAACCAUUGCUGUUUCCACAGUUUCUGAAGAACCUACUCCACAAUUUAAACCUGUUACUUCCGAGGAAGUAGUCCCAUCGCAAACAUUGUCUUGGUCGUCUAUUGUAUCUCAGGACGAAGUUGCUUUAACAGACGAUAUUCUCCUCAACAAAGAAAAGACUAAAAAGGUAAAGGCAAAGAAGGAAAAAAUAACUAAGAUUAACCAAGCUGCAAGUUCUGAACCUGUUGUUGAGCCGAUUGUUGAAGUCAUUACACCUGUUGAACCUGUUGUUGAGGUGACCACUGUCGUCGAAGUUACUCCUGAGGCGCAACUGGAAUCCUCUCCAGUUACUAAAGUUGCCCCAUUACCGUCUCAGUCCUGGUCUUCCAUUGUUUCUCAAACAACGGAAGUGACUACAAACAUCACCGAGACUAGUAUCGCCGUUGAACCCGAAGUUCAGAAACCAACAGAAGAAAAACCCAAAAAGCAAAAGACAAAGAAGGAAAAAAAAUCUAAGGCUGAUCCUGUUCCAGAGCCGGUAGCUGAGGCUGCACUUCCUGAACCUUAUGUUGAACCCAUUGUUAUUGAACCUGUUGUUGAGGUGACCUCUGUCCUCGAUGUUACUCCUGAGGCACAACCGGAAGUAGCCCCAUCACAGUCUCUGUCGUGGUCAUCUAUUGUUUCUCAAACAACGGAAGUCACUACAAACAUCACCGAGACUAGCAUCGCAGAUGAACCCGAAGUUCAGAAACCAACAGAAGAAAAACCCAAAAAGCAGAAGACAAAGAAGGAAAAGAAAUCUAAGACUGAUCCUGUUCAAGAGCCGGUUGCUGAGGCAGCACUUCCUAAACCUGUUGUUGAACCCAUUGUUGAAGUCACCACAGUAAUUGAACCUGUUGUUGAGGUGACCACUGUCGUCGAGGCACAACCGGAAUCCACUCCAGUUUCUGAAGUAGCCCCAUCUCUGUCGUGGUCAUCUAUUGUUUCUCAAACAACGGAAGUCACUACAAACAUCAUCGAGACUAGCAUCGCCGAUAGACCCGAAGUUCAGAAACCAACAGAAGAAAAACCCAAAAAGCAGAAGACAAAGAAGGAAAAGAAAUCUAAGGCUGAUCCUGUUCAAGAGCCGGUUGCUGAGGCUGCACUUCCUAAACCUGUUGUUGAACCUAUUGUUGAAGUCACCACAGUCAUUGAACCUGUUGUUGAACCCAUUGUUGAAGUCACCACAAUUAUUGAACCUGUUGUUGAGGUGACCACUGUCGUCGAUGUAACUCCUGAGACACAACCGGAAUCCACUCCAGUUUCUGAAGCCCCAUCACAGUCUCUGUCGUGGUCAUCUAUUGUUUCUCAAACAACGGAAGUCACUAAAAACAUCACCGAGACUAGCAUCGCCGAUGAACCCGAAGUUCAGAAACCAACAGAAGAAAAACCCAAAAAGCAGAAGGCAAAGAAAGAAAAGAAAUCUGUUGUUGAACCCAGUGUUGAAGUCAGCACAGUUAUUGAACCUGUUGUUGAGGUGACCACUGUCGUCGAUGUAACUCCUGAGGCACAACCGGAAUCUAUUCCAGUUAAUGAAGUAGCCCCACCACAGUCUCUGUCGUGGUCAUCUAUUGUAUCUCAAACAACAGAAGUCACUACAAACAUCACCGAGACUAGCAUCCCCGAUGAACCCGAAGUUCAGAAACCAACAGAAGAAAAACCCAAAAAGCUGAAGACAAAGAAGGAAAAGAAAUCUAAGGUUGAUCCUGUUCAAGAGCCUUUUGCUGAGGCUGUACUUCCUGAACCUGUUGUUGAACCCAUUGUUGAGGCUGCACUUUCUGAACCUGUUGUUGAACCUUUUGUUGAAGUCACCACAGUUAUUGAACCUGUUGUUGAGGUGACCACUGUCGUCGAUGUAACUCCUGAGGCACAACCGGAAUCUGUUCCAGUUACUGAAGUAGCCCCACCACAGUCUCUGUCGUGGUCCUCUAUUGUAUCUCAAACAACGGAAGUCACUACAAACAUCAUCGAGACUAGCAUCGCCGAUAGACCCGAAGUUCAGAAACCAACAGAAGAAAAACCCAAAAAGCAGAAGACAAAGAAGGAAAAGAAAUCUAAGGUUGAUCCUGUUCAGGAGCCUGUUGUUGAGACUGCUCUUCCUGAACCUGUUGUUGAACCCAUUGUUGAGGCUGCAGUUUCUGAACCUGUUGUUGAACCUAUUGUUGAAGUCAGCACAGUUAUUGAACCUGUUGUUGAGGUGACCACUUUCGUCGAUGUAACUCCUAAAGCACAACCGGAAUCUAUUCCAGUUACUGAAGUAGCCCCAUCACAGUCUCUGUCGUGGUCCUCUAUUGUAUCUCAAACAACGGAAGUCACUACAAACAUCAUCGAGACUAGCAUCGCCGAUAGACCCGAAGUUCAGAAACCAACAGAAGAAAAACCCAAAAAGCAGAAGACAAAGAAGGAAAAGAAAUCUAAGGUUGAUCCUGUUCAGGAGCCUGUUGUUGAGACUGCUCUUCCUGAACCUGUUGUUGAACCCAUUGUUGAGGCUGCAGUUUCUGAACCUGUUGUUGAACCUAUUGUUGAAGUCAGCACAGUUAUUGAACCUGUUGUUGAGGUGACCACUUUCGUCGAUGCAACUCCUAAAGCACAACCGGAAUCUAUUCCAGUUACUGAAGUAGCCCCACCACAGUCUCUGUCGUGGUCAUCUAUUGUUUCUCAAACAACGGAAGUCACUACAAACAUCACCGAGACAAGCAUCGCCGAUGAACCCAAAGUCCAGGAGCCAACAGAAGAAAAACCCAAAAAGCAGAAGUCAAAGAAGGAAACGAAAUCUAAGGAUGAUCCUGUUCAAGAGCCCGUUGCUGAGGCUGCACUUCAUGAACCUGUUGUUGAACCCAUUGUUGAAGUCACCACAGUUAUUGAACCUGUUGUUGAACCCAUUGUUGAAGUCACCACAGUUAUUGAACCUGUUGUUGAGGUGACCACUGUCGUCGAUGUAACUCCUGAGGCACAACCGGAAUCUGUUCCAGUUACUGAAGUAGCCCCACCACAGUCUCUGUCGUGGUCAUCUAUUGUAUCUCAAACAACGGAAGUCACUACAAACAUCAUCGAGACUAGCAUCGUCGAUAGACCCGAAGUUCAGAAACCAACAGAAGAAAAACCCAAAAAGCAGAAGACAAAGAAGGAAAAGAAAUCUAAGGUUGAUCCUGUUCAGGAGCCUGUUAUUGAGACUGCUCUUCCUGAACCUGUUGUUGAACCCAUUGUUGAUGCUGCAGUUUCCGAACCUGUUGUUCAACCUAUUGUUGAAGUCAGCACAGUUAUUGAACCUGUUGUUGAAAUGACCACUUUCGUCGAUGUAACUCCUGAGGCACAACCGGAAUCUGUUCCAGUUACUGAAGUAGCUCCACCACAGUCUCUGUCGUGGUCAUCUAUUGUAUCUCAAACAACAGAAGUCACUACAAACUUCACCGAGACUAGCAUCGCCGAUGAACCCGAAGUUCAGAAACCAACAGAAGAAAAACCCAAAAAGCAGAAGACAAAGAAGGAAAAGAAAUCUAAGGUUGAUCCUGUUCAAGAGCCGGUUGCUGAGGCUGGACUUCCUGAACCUGUUGUUGAACCCAUUGUUGAAGUCACCACAGUUAUUGAACCCGUUGUUGAGGGGACCACUGUGGUCGAUGUUACUUCUGAGGCACAACCGGAAUCUAUUCCAGUUACUGAAGUAGCACCACCACAGUCUCUGUCGUGGUCAUCUAUUGUUUCUCAAACAACGGAAGUCACUACAAACAUCACCGAGACUAGCAUCGCCGAUGAACCCGAAAUUCAGAAACCAACGGAAGAAAAACCCAAAAAGCAGAAGACAAAGAAGGAAAAGAAACCCAAGUUGAACCCUGUUCAAGAGCCCGUUGAGACUGCAGUUCCUGAACCUGUAUUUGAAGUGACCACUGGAAAUAAACCUGAAGUUCAGGAAGAUUUGCCAAAGCAAACGUUAUCAUGGUCGUCUAUCUUCUCUAAGACUGUUGAAGAUUUUCCUGCUCCAAAAACCAAUGAAAAUCAACUUCAGCCCCAUGACAGUCAAGACUUUAUAUUGCAUGAACAAAAAAUGUCCACUGCGGAAGAAAAAAAUAAAAAACUAAAGAAGGAAAUGGAAUCUGUUGAAAUCGAUAAACCAACCGUAGAAAUUACAACCGUUUCAGAUGGUUCGGGUGUAAAAAUGCCAGAACAGACCGAUUCAGUUCCAUCACAAACUUUGUCUUGGUCCUCGAUUGUUUCCCAAGAAAUAAAUGAACCGCAAACUGUAAUUGUCAGCUCACAGUCUACUUCAAAAUCUCAGGAUAUUUAUGACUUUAUUGCCCAGGAGCAGAAUUUCUCUACGGUUGUCAACGAUAAGACCAAGAAACAGAAACCCAAGAAGGAGAAGAAAACUGUACAUCCUAUUCAACAGCCAAUUACAGAAAUUGUUUCUGGACCUAAGGAUCAUUCUCGAGAGAGUGAAUCAGUUCCCGAGCCGUUGCCAACACAAACAUUGUCAUGGUCGUCGAUUGUUUCGCAUAAUAUCGAUUUGACUCCAACGUUUACCGAAACACGUGUUAAUAAAACCGCCGAUGCGAUCGCAAGUAAUCAAGACGCUCAGGACUUCAAUACCCUGGAUCGGGAGCAGGCAACUCACGUUGACGUAAGUCGACCAAAACAAAAGCCGAAAAAGGAGAAGAAAAUUCCUAAAACUUCUGAAAAACAAAUUAUUGAGCCAUACGUUACUUUAGAAAAGGAACCAGAGCGUGACCGCAUUUCUGAAUCUUCAUCGCCCGAGUUCAACAUCCAGUUGCCGGCACUGCCAAAACCAUCUGUAUGGUCAUCAUCAGAGACCUACGCCGAAGUAGUAAGGAAAUCUGGUUACACCAAUAACACAAACAUUAAGUAUCAGAAUCCUGAAGCGGUCAAGCAAAACCUGAUUGGUCAAAAACAGCCGGCUACCGAAGUCCAGACACAGGAAGUGUUAUUGGAGUUCCCCGAUCCCAUCAUUCCGCCGGUUAAAGAGGCGGAAACAGUUGACUAUCCUGAAAAACACUCCCAGUUAUCCUGGAAGGAUCUUAUUGAUGAAGAUGAAGUAGACCCUACAGAGUUUUGGUAUCAGGAGGAAACAAUGGCCGUAGAAACUAAAUUCCAGGAACCGGUGCAAGAAAGACAUUCGCGAAUCAGGGAUAAACCAAUGAUCGAAAUUACUGAAGUAUUUACUGAAACCCAACCACAGCCUGAGAUUGAGCAAGGAUUCCUUGAAAUUACGUCAAAGAAAAGAAAUCGCUCACGCUCUCGCUCGCAACAAUCGCAGAUUUCUAAUGUCGACGAGAAACCACAAAAGAAAAAAUCAAGGAAACCAAAGGGUAAGACGGAUACAACCCCAACUCAAAAACCAGUGGAAACACCUGAGGUUGUUAGGCCCCCUAAGGAAAUUGAGCCAUUUGUAGAAGAUAAUCAUGCUCCCACUCCGGUUAGGGACCCGUCUCCAUCUCCUGCUCCAUCUCCUUAUACUUCUGGUAUGUCAUGGGCCGCAAUAGCCGCGCAUAACGUUCCAGAACCGGCUCAACGAAUUCGACCCCUUGAAGUUGAGACCAAGGCUACUGUUGUUGAAGACGUGAAGAAAUCAACAAAAGAGCAUACAGUAAGCAUACCAAUCAAUUUGGAAACAACGGAGCCAAGGACUAAAAAACCAAAGCAAAAGUCGAAGCGUAAAUCGCCCACUGAUGUGGUUGAUUUUAUAAAUGCUGAAAAACAUAGUCAUCAAGUGGUUGUUCCCGAGCCUACUCAAAAAGAGAAUAAAACAGUCGAGUUCAUCGAAGUAGAAAGCAAUCAGAAAACUCCUAUGGUUCCAUUUAUAGAAAUUCCACAAGAAACUGAAAUAAGUUCUAUUACAGUUGAGAACGUCACCGUUACUUCAACUGCGACAGAACUAAAAACUCCUCUUGCUCCUUUUGCAAAAAUUGCCGAUUCUGAAACACACACAACGGUAACCGAGAUCAAAACAGAAAAGGAUUCGAUCAUUCAAGAUAAAACAGUUCCCAAACAACAGAAGGAAGUUGUGAUUGUCGACGUUGUAAAGAUGCCUGAGCCAAUUGUUGAUGUUUCGACCGACGAUGAAACAAAAACAAUUACAACAAUUACCACAACAACUGUUACUACUGGCUCAACCAGCGAAACUGCUAUUCCUGAACAACCCAAGAAAGCUGAUAAAUCGGAAAAAACGUUUGAGGAGCCCAAGAAACCAGCUUAUGCCGGUCUGCCCGUGGACGACUGUUCCAGCUCUUGGAUGGAUGUUUUGGAUGAGCCAAUGAACUUCUCCGAUGAUGAAGAGGAACCUGUUCCUGAGCCACAAACGGAAGUUACGGUGGCGGAAGUAUCAGAAAAGUCUGAGCAAAUUGUUAAAGCUCCGAUUGUGGAUGAAACUAAAACAACUACAACAGUUACGACUACAAUAGUUACUACUGAAUCCACCAGCGAAACUGCUGUUCCCCAAGAACCCAAGAAAGUUGAGGAAAAGAUGCAGGAGGAACCCAAGAAACCAGCAUACGCCGGUCUGCCCGUGGACGACUCUUCCAGCUCUUGGAUGGAUGUUUUGGAUGAGCCAAUGAACUUCUCCGAUGAUGAAGAGGAACCUGUUCCUGAGCCUCAAACGGAAGUUACGGUGGUGGAAGUAUCAGAAAAGUCUGUGCCAAUUGUUGAAGCUCCGAUUGUGGAUGAAACCAGAACCAUUACAACAGUUACCACCACAACAGUAACUACUGAGUCCACUAACGAAACUGCAGUUCCCGAAGAACCCAAGAAAGUUGAGGAAAAGACAAUUGAGGAACCCAAGAAACCAGCAUAUGCCGGUCUGCCCGUGGACGACUCUUCCAGCUCUUGGAUGGAUGUUUUGGAUGAGCCAAUGAACUUCUCGGACGAUGAAGAAAUUGACGAAAAGACACCUUUGGCGCCAUUCAAGAACGUCGUCGAUGCUCAUAAAUCUGAUCUAGUUAAGGUGGAAACUAUUGUUGAGACUGUUACUCUAUCUCAUCAGGCAGACAAACCAGAACUACAUAGUACUCCUUCUGAAGUCAUUACUGAGCUCGUAAAAACAGCUGAUUUGGUUCAAAGGCCAGCCGAAAAUAUAGUUGAGGCUGUACCGGAGAUUGAAACUAAACAAGUAAUCACCGAGACUCCAUUGGCGCCUUUUGAAUCGAUUCCAGACUCUCCAGUUACUCCGAGUGCAGACGAUGCGUUUAUUUGUGAAACAUCCUACUGGUCGGCGACACUGAAACCGGGUCAAAAAUCUACGACAAUUACAACAGUUGAGACAACCGAGACGCAAACGGAAGAAAGCCAGCCAAUUAAAGUAACAAUUCCAUGCGAUGAGGUUAUUGAGGAAGUUGCCGUAAAAUCGCCUACUGAUCAGCCAACAACCUGGUCAGCAAUCGUUCAGACCGAGACGACUGUCUUCCCAGCACCAGAUGAAAAAGAAGACAAUGAACAGAAACCUGAUUGGUCUACUGUUGUUGUGAGCAAAACUACAGACUUCCAGGAGCCAAAGCCUUUAGAUAAUGUGGUAGAAACGGAGAACGUAACAAAAACGACAACAACUUAUGUAACAACAACAGUGACCACACAUAAGGAUGCUCCCAUUGCAGAGGAGGACUCGGUAGCUACUUCCUAUGUGUCCACUGUGGUAACAAGCCAUAAAAAUGAUUUGGCUUUGGAAGCAGAACCAUCAGCACCAGUUAAAACCAAAACUAUUGAACUUAAUAAGCCUAAAGAACUCUACGAAAAUCUAUACCUCGAAGGAUUCAAAUUUCAUCCGCAAUACGACUUGUUGCAGGGACUAUAUCAACAAUUACAGGUGGUAAGCAUUCCGGAGGAGCCGGUUUUAAUUGAUCCAAAGGCAGAAAUUCCCUCGAUAGAAGAUUAUGUGAUAAUUGAACCCGAAGCGAUAUCCCAAAUAAAUUCAGAAAUCCUUGCUUUAAAUCUUUAUCUCGACCAGCCCAAGUCUCGUAUAGAUGUUGACACCAUUAGUCAGUUGCUCACAGUCGAAGAGCCAGUCGAGGUUAUUGUAGAACCAGAAACUGAAGUAAAAGAAACUAAAGCUAUAGAAAUUCUUGAGGACAAAUCAAUUGUAGUACCUUCUGUUGAACCCCUAGGCGAUGAACUCCUUGUCCCUGAACCAACUCAACCCCCGACUAAACCCAGUGACCUUCUCUGGAACCUCAGCCAGGACGAUUUCGUCAAAUUUGUCAAUCACUAUACGAAAACGGCAGGCGACGCUUACGCAUUGCUGCCAAGGACAACUACAGACAAGACAAAAGCUCAGGAAACUAAAGACGAUAAGCAAAAGACUGACAGCAUUGCAGAAACUGUAGUGACAACCACGACCACGAUUACGGAUCGCGUUGUAGAAAAGACUGAAUCAGAAGCAUCGUCAUUACCAAUCAUUCCUACCGCCCAACCACUGGCAGCACCACCGGUUGGCAACCUCGAUCAGUUGCGUCUGAAUCUAUAUCUGGACGAUUGGCAGCCAGCCAGUGUCGAUACAGAUUUGGCUGACAAUUUGUUUGAUAGACUGAAACGUGAUGAUGUUGCUAGUGGCGAAGCGGAACCCGACCAAGACAAGAAGCAACCAGACGGUUUUGUUGAAAAACCAGACAAAGACGAUCAUGACAAUGACGAUGAUGACGACGACGAAGACGAUGAUGACGAUGAGGGGGGUAAACCGACUGUGCCUGAAAUUCGCAAGCCAAACGACGACGAUGAUAAACCGAACGAUAGAGAUCCUGGUAGCGGUAGUAGUGGUAAUGUGACCCCAACGCCCGAACACGAUGCCCAGCAUGGUCAGAACCGUAGCUGCUCAUCGGAGUAUAGGUCCGCCGAUCUGCCGGGUGGAGUGGGUCAUUGGCGAGAUGACAGUACUUAUCUGGCUCUAGAAGCCGAACAGCCUCAGGUGAAAGUAGGAAAUGAACCAGCAGCAGCACCUAUUGUAACAGCUGUUGAAUCUGUACUAACCGAAACUAAAGAAACUAAAAUCACAAGUCCCGUCCCUAUCUCUGACCCUGAAACAAGUCCCAAUACCAGUACCAGUCCCCUUAACGUUGCAAACGCACUAAUCCAAUUGGCAAGCGCCACAACUCACACGCUGACCGCCAAGGCGAACGCAGCAGCAACAGCAACACAUGCAGCAGCGCUGGCAGCAACCAGUGCUCUAUUGCCGGUUGCAACGGCUGUAGUCGAUAAGCUAACGGCGACAACACCAGCGGAGACAGCGACAUCAGCAGCAGAUAUUGCUGCCGUAGAGCCUGUGGUUGCAAUACCAGCAGUAACUCCACCAGCAACACACACCGAAACGACAACCACAAGCAGCAAAGAAGAGGAGGUGGAUUUGCCCACCGCAAAUGCGGGUGUGACAAAGCGCACAACGACAACAACCACAACCGUAACGACAACCACCACAUAUGAAACGCCAGAAACAACUAGCAACACAACGACAACAACAACAACAACCACAAGCAACAACGAUCUGCAACAGCAACGCCAGAAGGAACUAAUUACGCAAGAACUCGACGAACUGCUUCAAUCGCUAUCGAGCGUCGAGGAUGGCAUCGCAAAUAUGAACCAGAGCAGCCUAGAGGGCAUGCUACAAGGAUUAAAGCUAAUCCAGAGCAAUCUCGAAGUACACGAAAGGGACGCCAUCGCGUUGAAGGCCCAGGCCAAGACGCUGCCCACGGAUCCAGCAACCGAACGCUUGCUCAACGAAACCGUGGAUCGCAUUGAUUUGCUCCUGCGUCGCACUCAGCAAGGCAUCACCAUGAUAGCGAAUGCUAUGCAUGGCCAAAAGAGGCGACAGCAGGAGAUUGACGAGUACCAGCAACAUCUGCUCGAACUGGAGCGCUGGAUCAUCGAGGUAUCCGCCGAGCUUGCUUCGUUUGAACCUACCUCAGAUAGCAGCACCGAUGAACAAGUGCUCAAGUCGCAGGUGGAGCGGAGCCAGCAACUGCUGCGUACCCUCAAGGAACGCCAGCAGUCUAUGGAGGAUCUGGUGGACCAGACCCGUCAGCUGCAAUCCCAACCCGAUGUCGCUCCCCUGGCUGACACGCUGAUGGAACAGCUGCAAAGCAUCAUAACCAUUCUGCGGGAGCAGGUCACUGUGGCCACCAAGCGCAUCUUUACCAUCGAAAAGCGUAUUGUGGAUUUGCGGAAGGCUAAGAGCGAGGAAGCGCAGCGCCAGCGUGUGCUUGCUGAUUCCCUAAUUAAACCACCAACGGAAGUUGCAGCCACUCCAGAGCCGCAUGAAUCCAUUGAGUCCAACGAGAAUACCAUUGACUCUAGUUCCAUGCCCGAAGAGGAGAUCAAACCAAGUGGUGUGUAUGUGGAGACGCAGACAUCUUUCAGUCUGCAGCAGCAACAGCCAGUUCAGGUGGUAACCACCACUACAGUGGAGGCGCAGACCAGUUUCAAGGAGCCACCAGCUGUGGAAACAGCUGAGGUGGCUCUGCAGACACAGAAGGAGCGUUCGCCCACCGAGAACAUUAUGGUGACGCAGACUGUGCAGCAUGGCCAGGAGACCAUUCAGAUCGAUACCACUCGCAACAAGGAUGUGCCCGAUGAGCCCGAAGAUGUGCAGAUUGAGGCUCGCUACCAUCAACGACCUCAGGGCGAUGUAGAUCGUGCCACCGAACUGAUCCUGAAGAAUGUCCCGCAAGCAUUCGAAACCAUUUUCGUGGAGCCAGAUGAGACGACCACCGAAGUGAUUGUGGGACCCGAUGGCACCAAGCACAUUGUGCUGAAGAAAGUCACCCGAACACGUCAGCAGAUUGUGCAGCAGCAGCAGAUCAGCUCCAUUGAAACAAUCAGCGACUCAGAUGGCAACAUUGAGGUGCACUCAACGGGUCAGAUAAAUCUGGAAAAUGUGCACACCACCGACACCAAGGCAGAUCCCGCGGAGGGCAGUGUCCAUACCGUGAUCACACAGCAAACGCGUGGUGCAGUUGUGGAUUCCUCACAACCCGAGGGAGUGAUCCUGCAGGAGUUUGAAACCGAGCCCACGAUUGAGACGUACGAAGAAGUGAUUGAGCCAGGAUCAUCCCAAGCGCAACUGAUUCCCAUGCAGACCGGCGAUGUGCAAACCCAAGGCACCAUUCGAGCUGUAGUCCAACAGGUGACCCGUAAGGUGAUCCGUAAGACGCGGAAGAUCAUUAAGCGUGUGGUUAUCAUUGACGGAAAGGAACACAUCACCGAGGAAGUGAUCGAGGAGCCAGAGGAGGUCGAAAUCACGGAGGAAGAGACCGCCCCGCAUAUAAACGUGAAUAUUGUGCGAACCGUUGAUGGAAAAGUGGUUACCGAGGAGGAGUUCCAGCGCUUGAUGCAGGAGCCCGGCGUCCUAAUCGAAGAAGUUGCCACGGAUCUGUGCAAGCCAACAGCAGCAGAACCGCAGCAAGAGGUAUUUGAUAUUGAGUCUACCCAAGUCACCACCACCACAAGAACAACAACAGCAAUCACACAAGAACAUGAACAAGAACAGCCAGAACAACCAGAACAACAGACACAACCAACAACAGAAACGACUAAAGAAGCACCUGUAGAGUUGCCAGCACCUCAAGUAGAUGAUGUUGAACAACCCGUAGAAGUUGCCACUACCAGUCCCGUUCAUGUUCCAACAGCAGCGGAUGUAGUUGAACCCAAAGACUUCCCAACUCCAGCCACUUCUCCAGUAGAUGACCAACCAGUGGUUGAAGAUAUCAACGAAAUUUGGCCACUGGAACAUCAUCUGAAACCCACCAACAUUGACUUCUCCCAGCACAUCGAAGAAUUGGCAGCACCAGCAGCAAUAACAAAAACGACCGUAGAGACUGAAGACUCCAUGCCAGUAGAGGAAAUUUGGCCAACCAGCCCAGAAACCGGAAACUCAUUGACUCUGGAGCACUAUGAAUUCGAGCCACAAUCACCUCGUGAAGAGAGCACAAAAUCUGAUAGUGUUAAACCACAAGAAGAGACUGAAAUUAAGCCAGAGCCCAUUACCACUGGAAGUAUUACCAUAACCAAGACAACAACCACCAUCACAAGCUCCACAGAACUGCCUCAGGAAACUGUUGUUCAGGCUUUACCUGCAGAUGAACUUCAGCCUUCGCUAGCGAAAACCAAAACUGAUAUUCAGAGUUUCCUGGAAGCCGAACAGACUCUGUCCGCCGCUCUGAAGGAGCAAUCUUCAACGCCUGUGGAAACUUCAAUUGUUGAAGUUGUUCAGACUCAGCCUGAGGAAAGUCCACUUGAAGAGCAGAAGGAAACUGUUAUUGUUGAGGUUUCAACCAUUGAGACUGAAGAAAAGCAACUGCCAGAGCCUGUUCCAAUUGAGGAAAAACCAGUGCCUGUAGAGCCCCAACAAAAAUCGGAGGAAGUGACAGCCAUUGAGAAGACUGAACAAAAGCCAGAUGAACUCAUCACUGAAGAACAAACAGCACCUGUUCAAAUCGACUUGCGUGCCGCCACUCAACUUUUCAUCUCAGGUGAGGCUGCGGCAUCAACGGCUCCACCGAAAACCUUCAAAAUUACGGCUCCCUCCUUGGAGGACAAUGGCGCUGGUGUGCUGAAGGUUGUCCUGGGCAAGGAAGAGGAAUCUGCAGCUCCAACCACCGGCAAGGUUAGCAUGACCAUCAUUGAGACCGCCGCUGCUCCCGUCACCGACGCCAAGCGGCGUCGAAAGAAAAAGAAGAGAAGAGAUACGAAGCACGAGGAGGAGGAGAUUGAGCAAGAACAAGAGACUGAACCGGAGGCAGUAGUGGCCGUUAAGGAGCCCGAGAUUGACUUAGAUCUGCCCGUUUCUCCGGAGGAUUCACCACGCGAUACUGUGCGUCAUGAGUCCAUUGUCGAGAUCAGUCCCGACAGUGAUUUGUCCAGCAUUGAGAUUGACUCAAAGGUCAAGGUGGUGGAAGAUGCCGUCGUCUCUUCGCCUUCGGAGUCGCCAAGGACGCCAAUGGUUGAGUUGGUCAUUCCCACGGAGGUUGUGGAACUGGCUUUGGUGGAGGAUGAGGAACAGCAGACGACACCGCGCGUGCCCUCGCCCAUUGAAAAAACCGAAGUUGAGUUGGAUAUCAAAUCCGUGCAGACUUCUCCACAGCAUCAGCCGACACUAGACGAGACCGCAGUGCAGACGAGUCUGGAGGUGCAGCCGGAUAACCAGGAGAACGAAUCGCAAACCCUGGUUGUUGAGAUUACGGAAACAGAGGCUCAAACCACUCCGCGAAGCGAGGACAAACCAGUGGCAGUGGAGUUAUCCACCACCGAGAUUCAAACCGAUGUGAGCGGUCAGCCAGCUGAAACUGUAGAGAUUUCAAGUCAAACCACCGUGACCACCACCAUUGAAAAGGAACUGCAGACCACGCCAAAGGAUUCGCCUCGUGCACCAGAGCCAGGCAGCAGUGAUGUGGUCGAAUCUCUGGUCCAGGAUUUGGUUAAGGACAUGACCACCGAUCUGCCAGUGCGUACCAGCGAGCAAUCUACUGUCACCGAAACCACCACAACCACGGAGACCCAUGUGCAGACUAAUACCCCGGAGCCAAGUGAACACAUUGAAAUUAUCAAACCGGAGACUGUCCAUGAGGAGACUUCAACAGUGGAACUUGUACAAGUCAUCGAUGGUGAGAUGCAAACCACUCCCUGUGGAGAUCAGCAGCCCGCAUCCCUGGAUGACAAUUCUCUGACAGCCACUUCGAUAUCCGUUUCGGAACCUUACGAACUGGAGGUCAAGACAACAGUGGCCAUUCCCGCUGAUUCUGACACAUCUGUGGCUGAGCCGACGGUCUAUGAAUACACACAGACCAUGCAGCUGCCCAAGCAGGACAAGAAGUCCAAGAAAGACAAGAAAAAGAAGCAGAAGAAUCAGCCGGAAGAGGAGCAGCAGCUGCCAGAGGAACCGCAGAUCAGUGUGACAGUGGAAAUCGCACCCGAAUUGCUAUCGGAAUCGGGUAUUGUGGUAUCCACCAAUCAGCAGAUUGAAGAAGUGCCUCAUGUAACACCCGUUGUGGAAACUCCAAUCGAGCCGGAGGAGGAGGGAGCACCCAAAGCCCAUAGAGUGCAACUGCAGAUCACCAAGACCACUGUCUACGAUGAGUAUCCCGAUCUGCCGGUGCAUAUCACCGAGCAGAACAAGGUUUUGAUUGCAUCUCAGCAAAGCAAACGUUCCGGAGCGGGACCCACAUCCUCGGCGGUGACCAUCGAAGAGGUUGCCUCACCCACGGAGGAGCUGGUGGUGCCCAUCACCCCUGGACCGGACAAUCUCAGUGGCGAACCCAGCAACGUUUGGUUCAGUGCCACCACCAGUGUGGACAAGACACCCAUUGAGCUCUCCCAGGCUUUGAUUAUGAGCGAGAGUUUGCAGCACUAUCCGGGACAACAACAACAGCAGCAGCAGCAGCCCAUCCUAAUUUCCACUAAAGAAACUAUUGGUGAUCGCAUCAAGCAGCUUAAGCAGGCAUCCCCGCAACAAGCCACUCCCCUGAGCAAUGUCCUGCAUUUGGCCACUCUAUCCGAACAGAUCAAGGAACUGCCCACGGAGCAGCGCAUCUUAGAAGUCAACGAGGGUCUACAGGAUCUUGAUGCUGCCCUUAAGAAAGGUGAUAAAACGGUGAUCCAAACUACUGUCAUCACGGUCAUUGAGAAGGUUUCAACUUGGUUGGAAACCAUCGAGUAUCGUGUGUACCUCAUCCGACAGAACUCCAAUGAAGGACCCUCCGAGGAGAAGCUGGACAACUAUAACCAACUUAACGAAGAGCUGAGCACCAUCAAGCAGAAUGUCAACCAAUUGGAGCGACAAUUGUCCAAGGCGGAACCGGAGUUGCUGCAAUGCGUGGAUAGCUUGAAGGAACAUGUGGAUGCAGUGGAGCAGGUUACGCAACAGAACCAAGUGCAGGAUAGCAAUGAUCUGGACAAGUGGCACAGCUUCGAAGUACUUUUGUACAAUGUGACCUCCGUUUUGAGCCAGCUUCAGCAGAGUUAUGACCUGCUGAUCAAUCAGGAGUAUCCCCUGUCCGCCAAACUUGCCCAGCUGGAUGAACUGGAGCAGCAACAUGAGGCCGCUCAGCAGCAACUGGCGCAGCUAUGCCAAAAUGCCCGUGCCUUCCAGCGCGAUUUCCCAGGCAAAAAGAUGCCGCAGAGUGUGCACAAUGCCUUCGAGGCCAGCAAGAAUAUUGGCAACAAUAUUCAGGCAGAACGAGAGCGUGUUCUUCAGCUGCAAUCUCUGGCAGAGGAGUACGAGCAGACUCUGAAGGAGUUUACCAAAAUCACCGUGUUGGCUGACAAACUGGUUGAGAGUCCCAUAGUUUCCAGUUCCCUCGAGCAGCUGAACAACGAGGUGCAGAAACAGAGGAAGUUCUUUGUGAAUCUCAGCCACUGUCGCGCCAUGUUGGAAUCCCUGGAGGAGAACAUUGAUAGUGAGACGCGCGAGAAGCACUCCGAGUUGCACAAGGAACUGUACAACAGGGCCACCAGUCUGCUGGAUAAGGCCUCCGAAAGGUCUUCCAAAUUGGUGCAGGCUGCCUCCCGCUGGACUGUUUUGGAGAAGGGAAUGCGUGAUGAACUGCAGUGGUUGCAGGUGGCUCAACAGCGAGUGCCUGACCUAUCUGCUGUUACCUCCGCCGACUACGAUCAGUACACCACCCUCUAUCAAUCCCUGAGCAACGAUAUCUCACAUCACUAUGUGAAGAUGACGCAGCUGUCGGGCAUCGCCAACAAAUUGCAGACUUUGGUGCAGGCCCCCAAUCUUGUAGAGGAAACCAAUGAGGCUUUGAUAGUGCUACUCAAACUUCGUGAAGAGGUGGCCUUGUAUCUCCAUCGUCUGCUGGUAUUCAAGGAAAUCUGGGUGCAGUACGAACAGCAAACGGACAAACUGGAGGCCUUUGUACGCGAAGCGGAGCAGGAAUUGAGAAACAUACAGAUUCCGUCGCAGCCCACGCAACAGCCCAUCGAGCAUAUGCGUCAGUUCUGGGAGAUCAAGGCCCGCUUUGAGCUGCACAACAAUGUGCGGACCGAAACGGGACUGAGUUUCGAGAAAUCCCUGCAGGUCAUCCCAUUGGCCGACGAGAUGCUCCAACGGCAGUUCCAUGCCCAACUGGAGGAUCGCUGGCAGGCCGUGGCCCAGGCCAUCGAAUUGAUUCAGCACAAUAUUGUGGAGUGCCUGUCGUCGGAGGAUGUGCCCGCCGACGAGAAACUCAAGAUGGUGGAGCGGGAGCUGCAGGAGAUCUACCUGACCAUGACCAGCAUGAAGGGUGUGAUCAAGAACGAGGAGGAACUGUGUCUGUAUAUCGAACGAGUCCAGGUGCUGCGCACUCGCGUGGGCUUCAUUGGCAACGAGCUGGGCAGGAUUGGCCUGCAAGAGCCAGCCAUUGAGCCCGAAAAAGUGGGUGAACUGUUUGCCCUCUCGCACAAGAUUAGCACCCAGAUCGCCGAGGAGCUGGAGGGUGCCUCCGUGCUGCGUGACCAACUGCAGGCCAUCCAGGAGGGCAUCAGCAAUCAGCGCAAACAUCAGGCCAAGAUCUCCGUCAUUCUGGAUGAAUGCGAGGCAGCCGAGCGCCAGGGAGCAGAUGUUCUCGAAAAAGCCGUCGCCGAUUGCCAGGGCGCCGGUGAGGAGCUGGUGACCAGCUGGCAGGAGAUUAUGCGCAUCCGCCAGAUGCUCCACACGCUGCCCAUGCGCCUCAAGAUGUCCGUAUCGCCGGUGAAGUUGGAGCGGGAUAUCUCCCAGCUGCAGGACGACCACGCCUUCUUGGAAAGCAAGUGUACCAAUAUUAUGGCCAUCCUGCGGAAUCGUCUCGCAGUCUGGCUGCGCUACGAACGCCAACUGGAACUGGUCCACGGAUCUGUCCAGGAAACCGACUUCAUGAUGGAACUGAUCCGGGUGCACGGCCAAGUGGACUACGAGCGCCUGCGAAAGGCCACGGAGCGUCUGGAGGGACUCGCUGGCGAUCUACAUAACCGCGAACAACUGAUCGAUGAGUUGAAGGGUGCCGCCAAACCGCUGAUCGAGAGCUGUGAUGUCCAGAUUGUCGAGCAGAUCGAGUCGGCCGUUCAGGAUGCGGUAGUCGCCUGGAAUGAUACCAGCGAGAAUCUGCAACAGCUGCGUACACGCUACCAAAGAGCCGUCGAAUUGUGGGACAAGUACCGCAACGCCUCUGCGGCCGUCAAGAAUUCCAUUGACCAGCAAAUGGAUACGGUCAAGUCGCUGGAGCAGCCCCUGGAUGCCCUGCAACACGCCAAGGUAUGCCAAGACAACCUGACGAGCCAGAAUGAUAGAAUCUUAGAGCUGCGUGACAUUGUGGCCAAGAUCGCCGCCGAUGUGGGCCUGGAUGCCUCGUCCCUGAUGCAGGGCGAACUGGAUGCACUGGGUCAGCGGCUGGCCGAAUGCAAGGAUGCCAUCACCACGCUGGCCAACGUGGCCGAAACGCAGGACAAGGAGCGUCGCGAACUGGACAAGGAGGUGACACUGGCCAAGGCUUACUUCAACAAUGUGCAGCAGGACAUUUCCCGCGAAGCACCACAAAAUCCAAAAGAAAGCGAGGAGCAACUGGCCGCUUUGCGUGCCCAUCUCCAGACAUUGGCCAGAACGGAGGAGCAACUGCGUCAGCUGAAGGAGCGUCAUCAGAGGAGUAACGAGGCGACACCAUCACUGCCCGGAGCCGUCGAUGAUGAUGGCGUCCUGGAGGUUCUGGCCCUGUGGCAGAAGAUAUUCCAGGACACCUUCCAGGAGUACCAUCGCCUGUCCACGCGACUCGCCCGCAGUCAAAACAGUUCGGAAGCCCUGCGCCUGUGGAGACAGUACCUCCAGCACGUUCAGUCCUUCCUCUCCUGCGCCAUACCCGAGGACUACAGCAGUCUGCGGGAGCAGCAGCAGCUGUGUGCCAUCCACCAGAACCUGCUCAUCUCGCAGCAGAGUGUGCUGUCCGAGACGCCACUGGAAUCGGAGCUAUCGGAGCAGUACAAGGCUCUGACCAAUUUGCACAAUGAAACCCUGUCGCGGAUCAUGCAGCGCAAUGGUGAACUGGAGCGGCGAGUGAGUGGCUGGAAUGCCUAUCGCCAGCAGCUGGCGGCUCUUUUGGACUGGCUGCGUCAACGCGAGGCGGAGCGCAAUGCGCUGCAACUGCGCUACAUUCACCUGAAGCGAGUGCCGCAUCUGAAGAACCGCCUGGACGCCAUGAUCCAGCAACUGGACCAGGGCGAACAGCAGAGCAAGGCGUUGCAGGAGCAGCAGCAAGAGCUGGCCCGGCACUGUGACGACGCUUUGGCCACCGCCAUGCGCAUGGAACAGGCCAGCAUUGGCCAGAGGAUCAGUAAUCUGCGGGCAGCCCUUAAGACCUGGCAGGGAUUCCUGCAGCGGGUGACCCAGCUGUCGGAGACCUACGAACAGCGAGUGCACCAGUUGGAGCGGGAAUUUGGCUCAGCCCAAAAUAUGCUGGAUGCCAAUCCCAGUGAAUCGCUGCCCACACAACCGGCUGCCAUUGAACAACUACUGGGAGCCCUGCGGGCGCAGCGGGUCCAACUGGGUGCCCAAGUUCCGGCCCUGGAGAGUUUGACGGUCACGCAAGAGGAGCUCAAGGAGUGCAUCAGUCCGCACGACAUGAAGACCAUUCGCCAACGGAACUGGCUGCUCUGGCAGCAGCAUGCCGAUCUGGACUAUCAGCUGGCCAACUUGAUCAACUCCAUUGAGGAGCGACUUUCCCUGCUGUCCAACUAUCAAAUUAGAUACGAUCGCAUAUCCCAGUGGCUGCAGCGUUUGGAGCAGCGUGUGGACAAGGAUGCGGAUGUCACGGCGAUGACGAAUCCCGAACAGGCAGCCAAGCAGCUGGAGCAGCAAGUAAACUCUGAGCUGCAACUGAGGGACAAGGAAAGGGAGUGGCUACUCUCGACCAGCCGGGAACUGCUCACCCUGUAUUCGGAGCCAGAAGUGCGGGCCCAGGUGCAACAGCAAAGUGAUGCACUCAUCGAUCGCUGGCAGCGACUCAAGUAUUUGGCCAAGCAAAAGGCCACCAAGAUUGGGGAGCUCAAAAUGACGCUACUCCGUUUGGAGGAGCGCAUUGCCCUGAUUCGCGCCUGGCUUUUCGAAGUGGAGUCCCAGCUGGACAAGCCACUGAACUUUGAGAGCUACACCCCGAAUGUGAUCGAGGCCAAGCUGAAGGAGCAUGAGCAGAUACAGCGCUCCAUCGAACACCACAGCAGCAAUGUGGGUGAGGUCUUGAAUCUCGUGGAGAUGCUACUCAACGAUGCCGACAGCUGGCGCACCCAGGUGAACACAUCUGGUCUGGCUGCCUCCGCUCAAAAUCUAGAGCAGCGCUGGAAGAAUGUGUGCAGUCAGUCGGCGGAGCGUAAGGCCCGCAUCCUGACCAUUUGGAACCUACUGCAGCAGCUCAUCAAACUCACUGCGGAGCAUAAGAACUGGUUGGGCAAGCAGGAGAGCCAAAUAGCUGGCUACGAGCGGGAUCAGAAGUCGCACAGCAAGCACAAGCUGGAGGAGCGACAGAAGGAGCUGAGGGCCAAGCUGGAGGAGCUGGAAAGCCAGUCGGUGAACCUGCGCCAAUUGGAGCAGAUCUAUGCCAAACUGACCAUGAGUGCCGGCGUCGAGCCGGAGAACAUCCAGAAGCUAACCCUGCCCACCAAGGUGAUGGUGAGCAUGUGGCGCCAGUUGACGCCACGCUGUCAUGCCCUCUUGGAUGCCAUCGACAAGGAUGCCAAGCUGAUGCGCGAAUUCAACAAUGCCCAGCUGGAGGCCACCAACUCCCUGAAUGCCAUACAAAAAGCCCUGGAACAACUGCCAAGUGCCGAGGAUCAGCAGAGCUCGAAGGCAGAGCCAAAGGCAGUGCUGCAACGACUGGAGAGCCUGGAGAAGAAGCUGCACGAUGCCCAGCAGCAUGUCCAGCAGGCGGAUAACCUGGCCCAGGAGGCCAAGUCGAGAACCAAGCAGCAGCCACAACUGCAACAGUUGCUGGAACUGGUCACUGCCUAUACCACCCUUUGGCAAACAGUGCAAACCCGCAUUGUUACCCUCAAAACCAGUUGGGUGACCAGAGCAGCGCAGGCUGCCCUUCCAAUCGUGAACGAAGCCGCCAAUGCCGCCGUGCAGGUGAAUACCCUUUCGCAAAGGAAACUCCGCCAGGCCCAGCAGAUGCAGCGGGAAACCUCCAUCACGGCCAAGGAUGCCUACAUCAUGGAGCUGCAGACGGCCAUCUCGGAGUGCCAGAACAAUCUGGACGAGCUGCAGCGCACGGUGGUGGACAAAACACGCAAGCCGGGUCCCCAGAAGAUAGCCAAGCUGCUGGGCAAUGCCCAGUCCUCCGCCGAGCUGGUCAAGCAUCUCAGCCAGCUGCUGCUCACCGAGUGCCAGGCGGACAACCAGUCUGCCCAGGUGGACACCGUGGCAGAGCUCACGUUGCGCUUCGAUACCCUGCAGUCGCAGUGGAAGGCGCGACAGCAGCACGAUCAAAAUGCAAGGUGCCACCUACCUGCAUCCUACAAGUACAACUGCAUACACGAGGUCGGCCGGCUAACGUGUCCGCUCUGCACACAGCGAAACUGGCAGCAGAUCGACAACGAUCUGUGGCGCCUGGAGCAGUGGCUGCAGUUCGCCGAGAGCACCCAGAAGGCCCAAUCAACGCCGCCCUCGAAUAUCGAGCUGCUCGAGGAUGUGACGCAGGAUCAUCGCGAGUUCCUCCUGGAUCUGGAGAGUCACAAGUCCAUUAUCUCAUCGCUGAAUGUGGUCGGUGAUCACUUGGCCACGCACACUUUGGACACGGAAAAGGCAAGGCAAUUGCGAUCCCGCCUGGAAGCCGAUAAUGAGCGCUGGAACAAUGUUUGCAUCAAUGCCACCAAAUGGCAGGGUCUGCUGCAAACAGCGCUCAUGGGCAACAGCGAAUUCCAUCAGACCAUCGAUGAGUUGGUGGACUGGCUGCAGCGCACCGAGCAGAACAUCAAGGCCUCCGAGCCCGUCGAUCUCACCGAGGAGCGUUCCGUGCUGGACGCCAAGUUCAAGAAGUUCAAGGAUCUGCGAGCCGAACUGGAGCGAUGCGAACCGCGGGUGGUGAGCCUGCAGGAUGCAGCCGAUCAGCUGCUGCGUUCGGUUGAGGGCUCCGAGGAGCAAUCCCAGCACACCUACGAGAGAACCCUUUCCAGAUUGACCGAUCUCCGGCUGCGUCUCCAAUCCCUGCGCCGUCUAUCCGGCAUCUACAUUGUCAAAUUGGGAGCCGUCCUCGGCUACGAGGGCGACAAUCUUGGCGUGCCACUGCACAUGUUGUCGAGUGAGCUUUUGGAUAAUACUACAUUAUCAACCUCUUCUAUGCAGGCCGCCGCACCCAACACAGAAAAUGCAAACAACAGCGAUGGCGAUGCUGUCGAUGGCGAUGUCAUCAAUACCACGGUUCUGGCGCGCGGUGCUCGAUUCCUAGGCCGCGUUGCACGUGCCUCCCUGCCCAUUCAGGCGCUCAUGCUGCUGCUUUUAGGUGUGGCCACUCUGGUGCCCCACGGUGAGGACUACACCUGUAUGUUCUCCAACACCUUUGCGCGCAGCCUGGAGCCGAUGUUGUCGUAUCCCCACGGACCGCCGCCCACGUAGAGCGGUUGAGUUGCCAUUGGAUUAGUGCAAUGAAACAACGAACAAAAACAAACAACAAAGAACAAGACCCCCUAACUCUAUAGUACUAUAAUGAACAACAAUUUAACCCAAAAAAAAAAAACACAAAAACCGCAGUAUAAAGAUGCCUUUCGUAAGCUAAAUUCAUGUAAAAAUAUUCAAAAAAAAAAAAGAUAAUUUUCUGUAAUGAAAAUGUAAGAGUUGUACAUUUGUGUAGUUUAUCACAUUUUGUAAUUGUAUGUAAUUUUAUAGUAAUUGGAUAGCUAGAGGCAUUAAUAAACCAACCAAUUUGUAUAUAACCUACUGAACAGAACAGAACAGACACGACAAAGGCCGAACAUGAAACACAAAUGAAAGAAAUGAAGAAAAAAAGAAAAGAAUGAACUAACUAUUCAAACUAACGACAAGUAACGAAAAAGCAAAAAAUCUUUUGUAAAACGAUAUAUACAUUAUACAUAUAUAUUUGCACAGCAAACAAUUUAUAUAAACAUAUAUACCCACAUAUAUAUGGAACCCAAGAAAUCUAUAGAGAAUCCCAACAUUUUGUAUAUAAAAAUGAAUAAGCUAAAACGAAAUCAAAAUACGCACACGAAAAUUUUACUCAGCGCACGUUUUUCCGGUUAGAGAGCAGAUCUAUGGCAGCAGGGAAUUGUGAUCAGGAUCUGGCGAAUUUCGUGGAACAUUUUUGCAGGACCUCCUGAGCACAAGUCCUUGCUGCCAUCGAUGGGCUAGUAAACCAAUCGCAAGACAAAUCAUGACCCACAUAGACCAAUCGCCUGGACAACUAAAUGGCAACCAAUGUCCCUCGUUUACUGCGCGUCUUUCUCCCAAACUCAAGGCGAUGCAGUUUGCUAGAGGCAUAGGUUUUCAUUAGGACUCCGGACAUUAAAGUUCCCUUGCCAAAGGAUAAAUCUACCCGAGGCCAAGUUCUCUCCCACGGCCAAGGGUUAGAAUAGAAAAGCUUCAGUGCACCAGCCACAAGGACACUGUGCUUAUUUCCAAUCCUAAAUCUACAACCUGGCAAUAUGGGGACUAGACAUUUCAAAGCAUUCCUGAUACUCAUUUCCAAAUUACCCAUAGACAUUGAUUGACAACAUACUAGUCUACUCUCUAAAAAAAAAAAAAAAAAAAUGGAAAACGUGCGCGCCACGAGCAUUGAACAAAACGAAGCAAGUGUCCUAUGCCGGUGCUAAACCAACCAACAAAUUUUCUAUAUAAAGGAAAACUGUAAAAUGCGUAUACAAAAAUGAAAUGAAAAAUCAAAUUCAUAGAAAAAAAACAUAAAAAGAAUAAAUCUUUGAAAAAAAAAUUGAAAAAAUGCAAUUUGCAUAACAGACAAGUGGCGCAAGUCCAUCCAGUAAAAAGUAACCUAUUUUGUUGUUAAUAUUUUUUGAUAAACCUAAUUCUAUUUGCCUUAUACUUAUCCAACUUGUUUAUUACAACUAUUGUUUAUAAUUUUAAAGCUUGAGCAAUUAUUGAGAAAAUACAUACAUUUAUUUAUUAGACCUAUGCGAUUUAUUAUGUAUUUAAUUAAGUUUGAUUUAAAUGUUAAAUUUGUGUACUUUGCUGCUUCUAUCUGGUUAUAAAACAAUGAGCCGUUAUCAAGUUAAUAUAAUUUAUGUAGCAUUUUAAGAUUUCCUUUCUUGUGAACAACUGUACCUUUAUAUGCAUUAUGAUUAUUAAACAAAAAUUUAAAUAUAAA